CAGCAUAAUGAUAAAAGAAAGAGUCUUGGAGGGGGGUGGAGAAUGUUAAAAUGAGAAGAGGAGGAGGAGGGGCAGGGUGAGAGGAAGUCGGGAGUUUGCAGGAUUUCAGUGUGUGUUGAGGAACGGGCAGAGCCCUUCGGAGGCUUCACCCCGGCUGGGUCUCCGGAACCAGCACCCAAGGGAGUUCUGACCAGCAGCUUCUGCACCCUGAGAAUACCAACUGGGUGCUGGAUCGGUGCAAGGAGUGGUGGGUGGCCUGGGACUAGGCGAGACCCACCCCCUCCGUGCUCAGCCAUGUGGACGGUUGCAAAUCUCCACGUCGGGGCCUUGGGUCUCUUGGUGGUCGCGGCUUCCUGGGCAGUGGGCAGCCAGCGGAGGGCGGCUGAGGGGUCAAUCCGCAGGAGGUCACACCGGGUUCAGAACGGGCGCUGCAGUUACACCUUCGUCUUGCCAGAGGCCGACCCCCAACCCUGCCAGCACCCCGGGGAGACCUUCAACGUCAACACGCUGCAGAGGGAUUCGCCCGCCGGCCCUUUGCUGUGGAGCGAUGACCAGUCCACCCAACGGGUCCAGCAGUUGGAGAGGGUCUUGGAAAACAAUACCCAAUGGCUGCUGAAGGUAAGGGGGAAGGAAGGGUCUUCGGGGGGGUGAGGGUGGAGGAUGGAAGCCCCAAACGGGAAGAGAUGCUGUGGAUCAAGGCUGCCCUUGCCUGAGCCUAGACAUCAGCCUUUGGCUCAACGGCCAAAGACGCUCUGCACGUGCUCAGGAGCUAUUGCACACUCAUCCUGCAGUUAUAGGUCAGAAGCUUGUUUGGGAUCAGCUAGGCCUGCUGUUUUGUUUAGUCGUUUAGUUGUGUCCGACUCUUCGUGACCCCCUGGACCAGAGCACGCCAGGCACUCCUGUCUUCCACUGCCUCCCGCAGUUUGGUCAAACUCAUGCUGGUAGCUUUGAGAACACUGUCCCACCAUCUUGCCCUCUGUCGUCCCCUUCUCCUUGUGCCCUCCAUCUUUCCCAACAUCAGGGUCUUUUCCAGGGAGUCUUCUCUUCUCAUGAGGUGGCCAAAGUAUUGGAGCCUCAGCUUCAGGAUCUGUCCUUCCAGGGAGCACUCAGGGCUGGUUUCCUUCAGAAUGAAUAGGUUUGAUCUUCUUGCAGUCCAUGGGACUCUCCAGAGUCUCCUCCAGCACCAUAAUUCAAAAGCAUCAAUUAUUCAGCGAUCAGCCUUCUUUAUGGUCCAGCUCUCACUUCCAUACAUCACUACUGGGAAAACCAUAGCUUUAACUAUACAGUGAGGCCUAGUAUCGCAUAAAAGGUUCUGGGGCAAAAUGCAAGGAGCUCUGAGCCCUCUUGCCUAUGCUCAGCACCCCUCUCAGCCUCAGUUUCCCGCUUGUGGAAUGAAUGAAGAGGUUGUUCUAACUUUUGAGGAGGCGUGCAAUGAGUCACUUGUCUCACUGCCUGAGAAGGUGGCACGGUCUCCUUCUAUGGAGGUUUUGAAGCAGAGGACGGAUGCCCGUCUGUCAGAGAUUCAUUAGCUGCGACUCCUAUAUGGCGGGGGUGGGUCUAGAUAACCUUUGGGGGUACCUUCCAACUCUGCAAUUCUAUGGUCCUGGGUCAGAAGCACCUCUAGGCACCCAUGGAAUUGCCUUUCUUACUUCCAGGUCAUGGAAAUACAGGUGGGCUUGUCAACCUAUGGAGAAAGACGCACCCACUUCAUUUUAACUCGCUGGAAUUUCAGCUCAUGAGUGCAGUUUUUCUUGCUCAGAAGGAACACCCGCAAAACAACAACAAACUUCUGUUUACGUGAAACGUAUUCAAUAAACACACGAGAGGUAACGGCUGUACAUUUGAAAAAAUAAUAUAUACUAUUCAUUGUAUUGAACUGUAGAUUUCAACAGAAGUAGCUCAUAAAGUUCAACGAAAAAAGUAGAAGAUUAGAGGAUGAACUGAUCUGCUGGGUCUUCUGCCUUUUUCGUUGAACUUUAUGAGCGACUUCUGUUGAAAUCUACAAUUCAAUACAAUGAAUAUUAUUUUUUAUAAUGCAAUUAUUAUAUAUCAUAUAAUAAUUAUAAUAUUAUAUAAUAAUAUAAUAUAUUAUUAUAUAUUAUUUUUUCAAAUGUACAGCCGGUUACGUCUUGUGUGUUUACAGAAGGAACACCCAGCAGGCACAAACACCCAGGUGCGACAGGUGAGGGCUUGGUGGAGAUAUUACCCUGGUCAGCAGCAAAAUGGCCAUCAUUUUGAUGGGUGGAGGGCCUUAGAAGUAUCAUAGAAGCAGGGGGUUUUUUUCCGGCCAGAACUCACCAGUUCUGGCACCUCUCAGGUGGGCACCAUUGCCGUUCUAAGAGAAUCAGGGAGGCAUUCCAGCCCCUUUUCCCUAGAAAAAUAGCACUGCAUAGAAGUAUCAUAGACUCCCAGAGUUGGAAAAGACCAUGGGAAUCAUCUAUUCCAACCCCCUGCAAUGCAGGAACCUUUUCCCCAAUAUGGGGCUUGAACCCACAGCCCUGAGAUUAAAAGUUUCAUGCUCUACCGACUGAGCCAACUCAGUCUUGUAUGUUACAAGGCAGCCCAACGCACCUCUGCAACCCAUAGUUAAAGGGGAAGGGUCAUAGCUCAGAGUUAGACCAUCUGCCCUACCUAAAGGUAAAGGGACUCCUGACCAUUAGGUCCAGUCGUGACCAACUCUGGGGUUGCGGCGCUCAUCUCGCUUUAUUGGCCAAGGGAGCCAGCGUACAGCUUCCAGGUCAUGUGGCCAGCAUGACUAAGCCACUUCUGGCGAACCAGAGCAGCGCACGGAAAUGCCGUUUACCUUCCCGCCUGAGCGGUACCUAUUUAUCUACUUGCACCUUGACGUGCUUUCAAACUGCUAGGUGGGCAGGAGCAGGGACCGAGCAACGGGCGCUCACCCCGUCGCAGGGAUUCAAACCGCCGACCUUCUGAUCGGCAAGUCCUAGGCUCUGUGGUUAACCCACAGCACCACCGGUGUCCCAUCUGCCCUACCUACAGAAGCUCCAACGUUCAAUCCCCAAAGGACUUGGAGAGAUCCUUAUUCGAAGCCUUGAAGAGCUCUUGCCAGUCCGUGUAGGCAAUACUGAACUCGGUGGACCAAGGGUCUGACUCUGUACAAGGCAGCUUCUAACACAUACUGUACCUCCACAUGCAAUUUCCACAGGAUCCAGGCCAGUCAGGGCCAUGUCCGAACCAAUGGAUUCAAAUUGCAAGAAAGGAGAUUCCAACUAAACAUGAGGAGAAAUCUUCCGGCAGUGAGAUCUGUCGGACUCCCUUGGAAAGUGACGGGCUCUCCUUCAGGUUUUUAAGCAGAGGUUGGGUGGCCAUGUGUCAUGGAUGAUUUAGUUGAGAUUCCUAUGGGAUGUGAAACACAAGAGCAGUCAAGUACAACAUUCCUAGAGUGAACAUGUUACACAUGGGAAGGAAUGUUUGUCCAGCCAGCAGGUAAACUUCCUGUUUCCUUCUGGGCUGGGACAGACUUCCUCUGCAUGUGACUAGAGGUGGGUGUGGCCUCACCUGUGCAGGUAACAACAAAAGCACAGGGCAGGGCAGCCAUCUCUCUCUCCCUUUGACUACAUGCAUCAAAGAAGCAACAUCUGCUUAGCCAAAGAUGCUCUCUUGGCUUCCAGCCAAGAGAGGACAAAGGCCUGUCUUAUGGGAUAGUUUCUAGGUAUAUGUUACUUUUCUAAGCUAAGUCUGCCUUCUGGGAUCCCAUUGUGAACAGAAUGAUAUGUGAGUAAACUCUUUUUAUACUUUUAGAGAAGACUGUGUCGUGUCUUAUCUUUUAUGAGGGAAUAAGGGGGAAAUACCAGAACAGUUAUUAUAGAGGCUUUAGAGAGCCUGAGCAAACGCAUCCGCUGCAAGUUUAAAAGGGGGAAUGUUACUCUGCUAAAUUGUGAACUUGUGUAAACAAGUUGGGAAGGCUAUUCUCAGACAAUAUAUCCUCUCCUGCAUCCCUGAACAUUCCCACAAUUCCUGCAUUGCAAGGGGUUGGACCAGAUGGCUGGGGGGGGGGUUCCCUUCCAACUCUACAAUUCUCAGGUUCUCUUUUUCUCUGAGGUAAUUCAGUGUCAGGGACGAGGGGCCUGUUUUUCUCUCUUUCCCACAGCAGUGUCCCCAAAUGCGGAAGUGCCUGGUGCGCCCAUGAGAAUGGAAAUCUCAUUCAUAUGGGGGGGGGGGAAAUGCAGCCAGGGACACUGGUUUUCUUCUGCUGCUUCUCACUCCAGGCGUUAAGAAUUAAGCAUGCUCCCUAUUUGCAUGGCCACACCUCCUCAUAGGCAUAGCCCCGCCUUCGGUUCUGUUUCUUGGUCACACUGAAAUAUGACAGAGUUUGGAAACUGCGGUGUGUGGGGAUUGAGAGAGAACGCUGUUGCUGUCAUUUGGAGAGGACGGAAGAGAUAUAAUUUGCUAGAGCCAAAUAGUAAAGAUCUGGAAAUAUUUGGAGUCUACGAGGAAGGAGGCUAGAGAACUAGUUUUUAUCUGUAGUCUUGGAUGGAAUGAAGCCACUGAGCAUGCGCAGAGUGCCUUCCUCUCCCGCUGAGCACUCACUCAUAGCCUGCCUGAAGGAGACGAUGUGUGUGAAUAUUGGACGUCGCAUGAUUCUUCCCCCCACCCCCGCGAUGACCAGUCCCUCUCCACCACACCACCCCCCAGCCAUCACUAAUCCUACCUCUGGGAGUUGAGGAGGGUCAGGAGGAUGUGGUUUCCCAGUGUCCUCUGGUUCAUCUUGCUACCGGAACUUUGCUUCUGGGGCUCAUCUAAACUCAGAUCCCAGGGGGAUUUUCAGAGGCUUGGAGGCAACAAUUUAUAUGUGCUGAUGUGCAAGGGCGGCGGAUGGGGGGGGGUGGACUCUGCACAGACAAUGUCAAGCAAUGCCAAAGAACUGAAAACUUGAAUACCAGUGAUCUAAUACAGAAUCAUAGAAUCAUAAAGGUAAAGGGAUCCCUGACUAUUAGGUCUAGCCGUGGACGACUCUGGGGUUGCGGUGCUCAUCUCGCUUUAUUGGCCGAGGGAGCCGGCGUACAGCUUCCAGGUCAUGUGGCCAGCAGGACUAAGCUGCUUCUGGCGAACCAGAGCAGCGCACGGAAACGCCGUUUACCUUCCCACUGGAGCGGUACCUAUUUAUCUACUUGCACUUGACGUGCUUUCGAACUGCUAGGUUGGCAGGAGCAGGGACCGAGCAACGGGAGCUCACCCCGUCACGGGGAUUUGAACCGCCGACCUUCUGAUCGGCAAGUCCUAGGUUCUGUGGUUUAACCCACAGUGCCACCCACGUCCCUCAUUAAUUAUAUUUGCAUACCACCCUUCAUCCGUAGAUCUCAGGGCAGUUCACAACAUAAAAGAAUAAUAGAAAUGUAGUUGGUAGGAACCCCAAAAGUUAUCUACAGUGGCACCUCUGAUUGCGAACGAGAUCCGUUCUGGAGGCCCGUUUGCAACAUGAAAAGAGCGCAACCCACAGCGGCGCGUCUGCUCAUGCAUGGGUUGCGAUUCUGCACAUGCGCGUGAUGUCAUUUUGCGUUUCUGCGCAUAUGUGAGUGGCGAAACCCCAAAGUAACCCUUUCCGGUACUUCUGGGUCGCCACAGGACGUAUUCUGAAAGAACGUAACAUGAAGCAAACGUAACGUGAGGUACGACUGUAGUCCAACCCCCUGCAAUGUAGGAAUCACAGAGUAAAUGUGUGUGUGUGUGUGUGUGUGUGUGUGUGUGUGUAUGUGUGUCUUAAGGCAGUGGUUCUCAAAGGGUGUGCGAUGCGCCACACUGUGUGGCAGGAAGAUUCAAGGACCAUGAAAGAAACAGCUAAACAUUUCAGUGCAGUAUGGCAUAGUAUCAAUAUAUUUCUUUUAUUUGCAAAAGUGAGCUCAUUCCUCUUACUGUGUUUUUACACACAGUUUAGGUAUUUAGGAUUAUAUUUUGGGAGCGAUGCAUUUUUUCUUAUGUAGCUGCAUCGUUUUAUACUUUCUGCAUGUCCCGUGAUCGUAUUAUAAAGUACUCAUGUUCUGUGUCAUGAAUGCUAGGAGUUGUUUAUUUUUGUUUCCCAACACAUUUCUUAUCAAUAAAUUUUUUCGGUGUGGCACGAGCAAAUUUUUAUCUUGAAAGUGUUGCCUAGAGAAAAAAGUGUGAGAACCAUGGAGUGUGAAGGCAAUUUUUGACAAAAAAUGUGUUAGAUGCCUGUCUGUCAGCCUGGCCCUUUGCAGUCAUUGGCCAGAAGAGCAUUGGGAGGUGGGGAUAAGUUGAUUUCUCACCCAGCAAUUGGCCUGCACAUUAUUUUUCUCAUGAGAGUGGAAGUAAAGAAUUGGAGACACAACCUUGACAUAGAUAGAUAGAUAGAUAGAUAGAUAGAUAGAUAGAUAGAUAAAGAUAGAUAUGAAGUUGUUACGGAAAUUAGGGGGGGGGGCACAUCUUUAAAGUUGUUAAAUGUUACGAAUAUUAUGCCUGAAUGUAUCCUUUCAACUUGACAGCUCAGGGAAGUUGUUGUUUAGUCGUGUCCAGCUCUCACUUCCAUACAUCACUACUGGGAAAACCAUAGCUUUAACUAUACAGACCUUUGUCGACAAGGUGAUGUCUCUGCUUUUUAAGAUGCUGUCUAGGUUUGUCAUUGCUUUUCUCCCAAGAAGCAGGCGUCUUUUAAUUUCGUGGCUGCUGUCACCAUCUGCAGUGAUCAUGGAGCACAAGAAAGUAAAAUCUCUCACUGCCUCCAUUUCAUCCCCUUCUAUUUGCCAGGAGGUGAUGGGACCAGUGGCCAUGAUCUUCGUUUUUUUGAUGUUGAGCUUCAGACUAUAUUUUGUGCUCUCCUCUUUCACCCUCAUUAAAAGGUUCAGGGAAGUUACCUUGCUUUAAAAAUAAUACAGAAUCAACUCCUUUGCCAGUUUCCUCCAUUCCAACACUAUUUUGCGCUUGGAUAAGGGACUCCAGGAAGUGCCCAGAGGUGACAAUUGCUGAGCUGAUAGUUGGCCAAGGAAAGCCUAAUCUCAUCACCGGACUUGCCAAGGGGUCCAGACAUGCAAAGGAAGUUCUAUUGUACUUUGGGUGGUGGGAUCUUUGUUUAGCCUAUGCUAAUCUUAUCCCUGGGUCUUGCCCUGACAUGUCUGCUUAUGCUAAUCUUGUACCAAGGACUUGUCUGGACAUGUUUGCCCAGGUUGAACUAGUGUAACUCCUGUCUACCCAUCUCCUUUUGUGACAUGUCAGUGAUGUAUCAAUGAUGCUGAAAUAUACUCGGAGUCGAGAGUGGAUUUCAUGCUCUUUAUUCAGCUCAUAGUGGUGAGGAGGAAUGGAAGUUCUCCCAGAAUGUCUGCUUUAUAGACAUUAUUUACACAAUGGGCCCCACCUGAUUGGCUAAUUCCGGGAUUCACCUGUAGGCCAAUCAGGUUGCGAAUUCACUUCCACCUGGAGCUGCUUUGGGUGGCUCCUGUGGACCAAUCAGACUGCUGCAUUCUGGACCCUAUUGUUCUAGGACCAAUCAGACUGCUGCCUUUGGGAUCCUAUUCAACUCAGUACAUAACAGAUGCUGUAUGAACUGUAUUCUGGGAUAUGGUGGGAAAGUUUUAAAAGUCCUUGUCACCCCAUCCUCGGGGUUCAAAAUUCCUCUUUGAACCUGUUGCGCAAUAAAUUUUGGUCUACAGCUAUUUGGUGGCUGGACUCCUUUCUUUAUUCUGCAGGGACCCGUGGGCUCUGCCCGACGAACUGGGUGACUGAGCAGCCUUGCACCUAGAUUUCCCCCCGUAACAAAGUAGAGGGAGGUAAGCUGAUUGAUUCAGAGAAGGAGCUAGGAAUAUCUAUCGGGGGGCCCAGCUCUUCUCUCCCUCCUCCCUACUAUUUUCUUGGCAGCCGACUCCCUCCAAAAUAGGAGACAGCCAUGGCGAGGAGAAAAGUCGUCUUCCCUCUAGAGGACCGGCUGGACCUCUCGUCUGUCAUCUAAGCUACAGCUGCUUGCGUCAGACCUGCAAAUAACUCCAUCCCUGAUUGGGUUGGGACCAGAGAGCGUCCCAUAGCAUCCGGUGGACAACUGGAAGGAACUGAGUUCCCCGGCAAAGGGGGAGGAAUCUCUGGGCCUUCUCGUGAGAAAUGGAAUGGGGGGUUGCAGGGGGAGUGAUGCUUGCGAGCCCCCGCUCUUUGGUCUGCUUUCCACCACGGUCACUUUGAAAUGGAGAUUCUGAGCAGGAUGUGUUGCGCUGCUUAAAUGGCCAGGGGUACAGUCCAGGCACAGGGAUUUGCAUAAAAUUUGCUGGUUUGCAUGCAAAGAUGCAAAUAUAGGCUGACUUUCAGAGGGGAACCAACUCUGCCUCUUUAUGCCAGGGGUUAAUCAGAGCCCUGGGGAAAUGAUUAUUGUUUUUUUAAAGUAAAUUUUAUGUAGUAUUUUCCACACAACAACACGAAAAGUAUCAAAAAAUAACAAUACACAAAACACAAAAGCCCGCAUACGAAAAAACCAAAUCCAUAUCUUACAAGUUAAUAAUAUAAACACUGAAAAGAAAAACAAACAUUGACUUCCACCGAUCCCACAGCACCUCCUUUACCUCUCAUUGUAUCUUCCUGUUUUCUUGUUUUCCUUAUCAUCUCUAUCCGAGCAUUCCUGGGGAAAUUAAAUCAAAUGGACGUUGAUGAAAUUAUGUGUGGCGUGGAGAAAAUUGAUAAAGUUUUCUGCAAUUAUUUAUAUUAAUUUCCCAAAUUAUUAGAAAUCCAACCAAAUUACUUUAAUGUAAUACAAUUUCUUAAAAUCAGGUUUCCCGCUCCUGUUGCAACAUAUGUUUGAUACAGAAAAGUUUUCCUCCCUCCCUCUCUCCCUCAUAACACUAGUAUUCAUCCAUUAAGACAAAUGUUGGAAGAUUCUGAACAUGUAAAAGGAAGCACUUACUUACGCUGCCCAGUGUGCUGGGCCCGGGGGUAACCUGAGCAACACGGGCCAGGGCCAGUCCCAAAUCCAAGGGUUCCACGAUGAGUCAGUCCGACAGAGCCAAGGCAAGACACAAGGCAGGAAACCAGGCAAGAACAACUACAGGAUCUCAGGCAGGAUCUAGCAAACAGCAAUGUUGCUCCCACAACCUGGGGCAGGGUCCGACAGCCUUUUAUCUUUGUUGGGGUAGCGGCCGGUCCUGAUCCUCCGGCGACUCACCUCCCUGCCUUGCCCGAAGGCAAGCACUCCUCCUGCAAGUACUCAGGUCUCUCCUUCUCUCCGACCUCAGUCUCUGCAGCUCAGGAGACAUCGGUGGGUUACUAGACCCAGAGGCAGCCUCAGCCUCUCCUGACCCAACUGGUAGUGGAGCAGCUGUAAGUGAUGGCCCAGCUGAAGGCAACAAGGUCAUCCCCGCAUCUGGAGCCAGGGCAGGCUCAGGCCCCUGACUCAGCCCAGCUGGUACUUGUUGCAGGGGAACCUGUGCAGACUGGGACUCUUCAGAAUCAGGCCCCAGACUUGGUUCAGGUGAUGCCUGAGGCAAAGGAUCCGGUGCGGACUGAGACUCCUCCGGCUCCGAGUCUGAGCCCCAGUCCCAGGCCAUCACACCCAGAGUUAAACUAUGGAACUCCCUCCACAGGAGGCAGUGAGGGCCACCAACCUAGAUGGCUUUAAAAGAGGAUUAGACAGAUUCCUGGAGGAGGAGGAGGCUAUCGAUGACUACUAGUUGGAGGCAGCAAUGUUUCUGAAUACCAGUUGCUGGAAAACACAGAUGGGGAGAGGGGUCUUGUGUUCAAAUCCUGCUUGCUGGUUUCUCAUGAGGGCAUCUCACUGGCCACUGUGGAAAUAGGAGGCUGGGCCAGAUGGGCCAUGGGCCCGAUCCACCAGCCGGGCUCUUUUUACAAUGUUCUGACAUUGCAUGUUUUGGCCAUAAGACGGCACCUCUGAAACCAGCCAGUUUGGAUCUCAUCUUAAAAAUAAUUUAACUCAUUUCACCUACACACACACACACAUACACACACACACACACACACAGACACCUCUAAAAAAAGCUGCCAAAUUAAUUAGGCUCACCUUUGUGAUUGAUUUUUCCUUUUUUUUAAAAAAAGCAGGUUAUACAAAGGGCUGCCUCUGAAGAUGGUUCAGAAAUUUCAGCUAGUGCAGAAUUCAGCAGCCAGGUUGCUCACUGGAGCAAGAUGGUUUGAGCACAUUGCACUGAUCCUGGUCCCUGCACUGGCUACCAAUUAGUUUCUGGGCCCAAUUCAAAGUGUUGGGUUUGACCUAUAAAGUCUUAAACGUCUCAGGACCACAAUACCUCAAGGACCACCUCUUCCCAUAUGAACCUACCCGGACCCUGAGAUCAUCUUCUGAGGCCCUCCUUCGUGUGCUUCCUCCUUGAGAGGUGCAGAGGGUGGCAGCAUGAGAGUGGGGCCUUCUCUGCAGUGGCUCCCCGUCUGCGGAAUGCUCUCCUCAGGGAAAUUUGUCUGGCGCCUUCAUUAUAUACUUUUAGGUGCCAGGCAAAAGCGUUCCUUUUUGACCAGGCCUUUGGUUGAUCUUUUUGACAUCCAGCACCCUUUUAGAAUGUGGUUCUUUUUUUGGGGGGGGGGGGUUAAUUGGGUUAUUGUUUUUGGUUUGAUUUUAUAUGUUGCGGUCUUGUUUGUGAACUGCCCUGAGACCUCUGGGUAUAGGGCAGCAUAUAAAUUGAAUUAAUAAUAAUAAUAAUAAUAAUAAAUCUCACUGAUAAAAUAAAGCUGUGUGAGUUUAACAAGUACAGUCAUACCUCGGGUUACAGACGUUUCAGGUUGCGUUUUUUUGGGUUACGGACCCGCCGAAACCCAGAAGUACAGUGAUACCUCGGGUUAAGUACUUAAUUCGUUCCGGAGGUCCGUUCUUAAGCUGAAACUGUUCUUAACCUGAAGCACCACUUUAGCUAAUGGGGCCUCCCGCUGCUGCCGUGCGAUUUCUGUUCUCAUCCUGAAGCAAAGUUCUUAACCCGAGGUAUUAUUUCUGGGUUAGCGGAGUCUGUAACCUGAAGCGUAUGUAACCUGAAGCGUAUGUAACCCGAGGUACCACUGUACCGGAAUGGGUUACUUCCGGGUUUCGGGGGUCGUGCAUGCUCAGAAGUGCUAAAUUGCGCUUUGUGCAUCUGCAGAAGUGCCAAAUCGCAACCCGCAUGUGCACAGACGUGCCACUGCAGGUUGCAAAUGUGCCUCCUGCACGGAUUACGUUCACAACCAGAGCAUCCACUGUACACAAGACUGCCCCUACCAAUUUGGCUUGGGACUUGAUGUUGCUGUUAGUAAGUUGGGCGGCAAGACAGAGAAAUUAAAUGCAUCCAUGCCCUGAGCAUCAGAAUCAUUUUAGCUCUGAUCUGGCUCUGAGCAGUCCCUCAGUGGAAAAUAGUAGCCCUUCUUAGAAGCUCUGUAGCCACUUUAAGCUGAGGACUCUUUCCACGUUCCUCUGGAAGAGGAUCUUCUUGAUAUUGGACGUCCGGCUGCUCUCCUCUGUGUACACAGCUGCACCGGAGGCAGCUACUGGGAAAGUCUGGCUGACCCAGCAACGCUUUGCAGGACGAAAUGUACACAGAGCGCAGGGGUAGAAUAGCAAGGAACUACUGCCUGAGGUUCCAGCAACAACCACGACUCCUUUCUUCCUCAAGAGCCGAAUCCCACUGCUGAGACUCUUCGCUAGAGGACAUGCAAAGAUUUAAGCGCACUGUGCAUGGUCAGAUCCGAGUCAGGAUUGUGUGUAUUUCACAAAUCCUUGCGUUAGAUUCGCAAUCACGGAAUCGUGUCUGGCACAGAGCCAGGCAGCGUGAGAAUCAUAGCUGUCAACUUUUCCCUUUUCUUGCGGGGAAUCCUAUUCGGAAUAAGGGAAUUUCCCUUAAAAAAGGGAAAACGUUGACAGCUAUGGCGAGAAUGCCAGAUUCACUGAAAUGAAAUUUGUAAUAUUUUCACAGCGCUGCAAAUUUCAGCAAAUGCAAAGGUGAGGGUGGCUGCUGUUAUUUGUUAUUUUAUUUAUUCCACAAAGUUCCUCCAUGGCUUGAAAGGCUUUUAAAAGAAAACAACUUAAAGAGGUUUACAAAACAGACAAGACAAUAAGAAAAAUUAUGAACACAAAGUUCAAACUUUGGGAAACUUAAAAUAACAGUAGACUGGAAACAGAUUAAAACUCGCAUCAACUUUCUAAAUAGCUUGGUGGGCUUGUCUAAACACUGGAAGGAAUUCAGGGAAGGUGCCUGCCUGGAAUCAAUAGACAGGGAGUUCCAAAGGACAACACUAAAAUAUCAAGAAAUUUAUACAUUUGUUGUAGUGACUGUUACUAUUUUUAUUACAGCAAGAUCAGUGAACCGACUCCCUCGGAAGGUGGCAGAAUCUCCUUCAUUACAGGUUUUUAAAUAGAAAUUCAAAGGCCAUUUGUCAUAGAUGCUUUAGUUGACGCGGGCGGCGCUGUGGUCUCAACCACUGAGCCUCUUGAGCUUGCUGAUUGGAAGGUCGGCAGUUCGAAUCCCUGCGACGGGGUGAGUUCCCAUUGCUCUGUCCCAGCUCCUGCCAACCUAGCAGUUCAAAAGCACGUCAAGGUGCAAGUAGAUAAAUAGGUACCGCUCAGGCAGGAAGGUAAAUGGCAUUUCCGUGAGCUGCUCUGGUUCGCCAGAAGUGGCUUAGUCAUGCUGGCCACAUGACCCGGAAGCUGUAUGCCAGCUCCCUCGGCCAAUAAAGCGAGCUGAACGCCGCAACCCCAGAGUCGGUCAUGACUGGACCUAAUGGUCAGGAGUCCCUUUACCUUUACCAUCUAUAAGUCCUGAAAACAUGGGCAUACCACACCCCCAGUGAUUUGACCAGGUAGAGCCAUUUUCACCCCUAAAGACUCCAGGAUUUGGAGGUUAAUCAGUGUGCAGAUUUGGUGUUGGUGGGCUGCUUGGGACCUCUAACGGAGAAUCCUGCAAACCACACUAAACUUCAACUCCCAGGGUUCUUUGUGGGAAGGCAUGGCACUUAAAGAGGCGCAUCAGAGCCAUUAUGGUGUAGUGGUUAAGAGCGGUGGACUCGUAAUCUGAUGAACCGGGUUCGCGUCUCCGCUCCUCCACAUGCAGCUGCUGGGUGACCUUGGGCUAGUCACACUUUUUUGAAGUCUCUCAGCCUCACUCGCCUCACAGAGUGUUUGUUGUGGAGGAGGAAGGGAAAGGAGAUCGUUAGCCACUUUGAGACUCCUUCGGGUAGUGAUAAAGUGGGAUAUCAAAUCCAAACUCUUCUUCAUCAAGCUGAGAACAAAUCUGUAGUGUGCCGAAAGUCUCUGGCUAUGGCUAGGUUUGCAUCGCUGUCCAUUUAAAAUGAGAAGCGAUGCACGCUGAACUCUGAGGCUCUGGGCUUCUUGAUUGUGGCUUUGCAGGGAACCUGAAGGAUUUCUCAGAGAAGGGGGGGGGCAUCUGCUCUCCCCCCCCCGACCGCCUCUCCAAAAGACCCGUGUCCCCAUGACCCCCAUGCCACAAGGCUCCUCUUCCAAAGCAGGCCUGUUUUUCAUAAAUCCAGCUGGAAGCACUUAAUGGGACCUGUUUUCUUUGGAUUCAGGUCCUGAAAAAACAACUCUGUUGCAGGCAUGGGGGGGGGGGCAAGUGGAGGGGAGGAGGGGGUUGUGAACGAAUUGGAAAAUGUAAGAAAAAUAUUGGCCAGACAGUUAAAGGGAAAGUUCUGCCUGCCUUCAGGCCAUGAUCCCUGCCUGUGGAGGCCAGGGAAAUUGACAGUGUUGUUGUUAAUAAUAAUAAUAAAUAAUAAUAAUAAAUUUUAUUUAUCCCCCGCCCUCCUCGGCCAGAGCCGGGCUCAGGGCAGCUAACAUGAAUAAAAUUUCAGUAAAAACGUAAUAAAAAACAAAACAAAACAAAAUUUAAAAUGCAGGUCAAAAUGCAAUUUAAAAUGUUGUUGUUGUUGUUGUUAGGGCAUAUACAGAGUGCUCUCCCCGCCCCCCCCAGGAUGGAAGAAUCUGUCAUUUGUGAUUUCUGCUGGUUUCUCAUUUUUCCAAUCUCAAAUUCAGUUCAAUUUCUUUUAAUCCUCAGGUCAAUCCAGCAGCAUUUUAGUGAGAAUUUCUUCAAAUAACUAACAGGCACAUUUUGACUGAUUGGCAUGAUUCCCCCAAGCGAUUCCUCCAAAUAUAAUGUGAUCUCCAAUCAUUUAUAGUCGUUUGUAUGCACACUUCCCCCUAAUAUAUGCGUUUCUGUACACAUUGGCUGCUUGGAGAACUGCAUUGCCAAAUUCCAAUAGGAAUUACAAUUUCGGAGGAUAGUUGCACCUCCAUUCAUGUACAGUCAUACCUCGGGUUAAAUGUGCUUCAGGCUGAGCGCUUUCAGGUUGUGCUCCAGGUUACUUCUGGGUUUCGCUGCUUGUGCAUGCGCAGACGGUCAAAAUGAUGUCACGCGCAUGCGCAGAAGCAGCUAAUCGCGACCCGCACAUGCGCAGACGCAGGUUGCGUUUGCUUCUGGAUGUGAACGGGGCUCCGGAACGGAUCCCAUUCAUAUCCAGAGGUACCACUGUACUGGUUCGAGGGCGCGAAUUAGGCAACUUUAUAAUUGAAAUUCAAACAACACUGAAUUUCCUCCCAUCCCUAACACACACACACACACACACACACACACACACACACACACACACAGAGCGAGUGUGUACACCAUGAAUAUUGAUGCCAUAAGAAGCAAGUGGCUUGGCUGAGGACACAUUCUGGAUCAUGUCUGCUUGUUGGAGUCUGGCAGCCUUAAACUAUCUGUUUGUCCCUGCCACUGCCACACUAACUUCUUAAUUUGAAGAUAAACAGGCAGCAAAUUAAGACCCUAUAGGACUCCCCCAGCCUUAUCCACCAAAGAUAGCCAACUUUGCAGUGGUGUGGAGAAUUCCUUCCUUCAGUGGAAGAGGGGAAGAGAAAGAAAAGUAUCUGGAGCAGAGAAUCCUCCAUCUCUCCUUUUUCUCCACCCUCCCUGAAUUUCUCUCCCUCCUUCCCAUAAACUGCUGCUACGCUGCACAUUUCGAGCAAAUCUUUGGAAGCUUCCCAGGGACAACGAAAGCACAGAUCGGUCCUGCCGUUCCCAAAAUAACGAAGCAUGUGCCCACGCCCCCGUCCCGUUCCCUCGCUGGCACUUUUGAUGGUUUUGAGUUUGUUAUUCUGGCUUUGUCAGAAAUCAGGGCGACAGGGCCCGGGCUUCGAGUUCCUUUCUGAACUCGAUGUUUUGCAUUGUGGGAGAGAUUCAGUUUAGUUGAAAGGAAAACAUGGGGCAGCGGGGAGAAAGCGAAAAAUGAGGAGGGGGAGCAGGGGAUCUUGUGCGCUUGGCAAUAGGCAACCACGAUUAAUGAAAGGCUGCAGAGAAAGUGAAUUAGCAAGCUGUCCUUAUGCUCCGCCCAAAUUCACUGGAGUGGUUUUUAAGAGAUAGCUACAGUUUCUGCAGAGCUACUGAAACAUACUUGGAGUCCUGUAGUGAUUUCAUGCUCUUUGUUGCAGCUUGUAAAACAGCGAUUGAAUUGCCCCCCAAAUCUCAGGCUUUUAUAUGCAGUCAUACCUCUUGUUACGUUUGCUUCAGGUUGAGUGCUUUCAGGUUGCGUCCCGCAGCGACCCGGAAGUAGAGGAAAGGGUUACUUCUGGGUUUUGCGGCUCGUGUAUGCGCAGACGCGCAAAAUGACGUCACGCACGUGCGCAGAAGCGGCAAAUCGUGACCCGUGAACGUGCAGACGUGGGUUGCGUUCUGCUCAUGUUGCGAACGGGCCUCCGGAACAGAUCCCGUUCGCAACCAGAGGUACCACUGUACAUGAUUUACACAAUGAGUCCCAUCUGAUUGGCUGAUUCUGCUUUCCUCCUGGGGCCUGACUGGUCUUUUCCUGCAGGCCAAUCAGUUGUUGCAUUCUAGGAUCCUACUUGCCUAUUGUUCUAGGAUCCAAGCUUAGUACAGUGGUACUUUGGGUUAAGAACUUAAUUCGUUCUGGAGGUCCGUUCUUAACCUGAAACUGUUCUUAACCUGAAGCACCACUUUAGCUAAUGGGGCCUCCUGCUGCUGCCGGAGCACAAUUUCUGUUCUCAUCCUGAAGCAAAGUUCUUAACCCGAGGUACCACUAUUUCUGGGUUAGCGGAGUCUGUAACCUGAAGCGUCUGUAACCCAAAACCCAGGUACCACUGUACAUAACAGCUACUAUCAGUAUCAAUGGAAGGAGGAACAGGCUGGGAGAUGGGAAGCAAUUUGGCUCAAAUCCAGGGCAAAUAACUAUAUUGUACCACUCAGAACUGCUUUUCUGCAUGUUCCUAAUGCUCUGGGUCAGGAACCUUUGAGACUUUAUAGUUUGGAGAAAAGGCGCGUAAAGGGCGAGAUGAUAGAAGCUGAUAAAAUUAUGUGCAGCAUGGAGAAAAGGGAGAGAAAAAAAGCUCUUUCUCAAUAGUAGAGCUCGUGGAUGUGCAAUUAAGCUGAAUGUGGGGAGAUUGAAGACAGAUGAAAUAAAGCAGCACAUAAUCAUACUGUGGAACUCCCUGCCACUAGUGGCAGGAGCUCUGUCUCUGAAAAGGUAGGGAUGGUUAUGGGGUUGCGGUUCCAGGGUCAUUCUGACUAUAUGCAAUUUUUGCCUUUACGUACAAUUCCCCCCAGAAUGUAACUCCCAUGUAAAACACACACGUGGUUCAUAAUUCCCCCCAUUUUUUAAAUCUUCUGCUACAACAACAGAAAACAAUCUGUUGCCUUCCCCCUUUUUAGACCCCUGGGUCUUUUUAUAAUAUACACUUCUUGUUGUUGUUGUUGUUGUUGUUGUUUAGUCAUUUAGUCGUGUCCGCCUCUUCGUGACCCCCUGGACCAGAGCACGCCAGGCCCUCCUGUCUUCCACUGCCUCCCGCAGUUUGGUCAAACACAUGCUGGUAGCUUCGAGAACACUGUCCAACCAUCUCUUCCUCUGUCAUCCCCUUCUCCUUGUGCCCUCCAUCUUUCCCAACAUCAGGGUCUUUUCCAGGGAGUCUUCUCUUCUCAUGAGGUGGCCAAAGUCUUGGAACCUCAGCUUCAGGAUCUGUCCUUCCAGUGAGCACUCAGGGCUGAUUUCCUUCAGAAUGGAGAGGUUGGAUCUUCUUGCAGUCCAUGGGACUCUCAAGAGUCUCCUCCAGCACCAGAAUUAAUCAAUUCUUUGGCGAUCAGCCUUCUUUAUGGUCCAGCUCUCACUUCCAUACAUCACUGCUAUGAAGGCCAUAGCUUUAACUCCUUCAUGGAUCACUGCCUUGCCGUGGGGCUUGAAUAACUCAGAGGAACUAUGAGCUAUGCCAUGCAAGGUCACCCAAGAUGGACAGGUCAUAGUGGAGAGUUUUGACCAAACGUGAUCCACCUGGAGCAGGAACCGGCAAGCCACUCCAGUAUCCCUGCCAAGAAAACUCCAUGGGCAAAGACAACAGGCAUAUAAUACACACACACACACAAAGUUCAGAUUUUCAUUUAUGGAUGCUUCCUCUUUCCCCAUUUCCUGUGUUAAUCCUGGGGAUCUUUGAAAAAGCCUUGGAUUUCUCAAUGAAACUUCCUCCUGCCCCCAGGGAAAACAUCAUAUCCCACUGGGUUCAGCAGGAGCAAAGUUUCCGUGUGAGCUGGUCAUUUGCUCUCAGAAAACCUCCUCAGUCUUGAGAUUUCAGAUUCUGAAGGCCCUGAAAAGACUUAGAAACAUCGUCGUUCGGUUUAGAUUGGCUGAACUGGAAGACUCAGGACAGACGAAAUACGUCUUCACGGAGAGCAAUCUUCAACUAUGGAACUCCUUGCCACAAGAGGCAGGGAUGGCCACCAAUGUGGAUGAGACAAAUUCAUGGAGACGAUGACUAACCAUUGAUGGCUACUAGCCACAGUGGCUCUGCUCUGCCGCCACAGUCAGAGGCAGCAAUGAAUGCAAGUUGCUGGAAACCACACAGGAUGGGAGAUGGCUGCUCUUGUGUUCAAAUUCUGCUUGCAUGUUUCCCACAGGCCUCUGGCUGGCCACUGUGAGAGCAGGCUCUUCUUAUGUUUUUAUGAGCGGAUGACACGAUGGAAAUCACGGUGUCCUUCUUUGGAGGUCUUUAAGCAGAGGCUUGACAACCAUAUGUCAGGAGUGCUCUGAUGGUGUUUCCUGCUUGGCAGGGGGUUGGACUCGAUGGCCCUUGUGGUCUCUUCCAACUCUAUGAUUCUAUGAUUCUUACAUCCCUAAGUACAGGGAUGUGAGGACAGCAUCACAGCAACACCCAACUAUCAAAUUAAUACAAUUUCUGCAGGCUUCUACAGCUUAAGCCCCUUUAUGGGCUGUUUCUUUGCAUUCAUCAGGACAGUCUGUUGAGUUGCACUGGAAUGAAACUUGACUUGAGCAGACUAAUCCAGUUAGCAAGUUUGUCAAGAAAAAGAACUCAGAGUUCCUUCUGGGGUAUGUAUUAAAAGGACAAAAAACAAACAAAACACUCACUUCUGACCCUCUAUUUCUGUCUUUCCUCAUGUUGGCCUCACUUAUUUGGGUCACUUUCCUGUAAAGCAAUCCAAGCUGUCAUUACACAUUUUAUCCCUCUUAUUAUCUACAGUUGGCUUAAUUGCACACCAUGUUCCCCGUUCUAAAACACGGCGCAAGGCUCUCACUUCUGAAUCAUUGUGCUCUGCAUGCGACAACGGCGUGUAGAUCCAGACACGGCUUUCUUUUCGGUGUACAUCUGAUGGCAAUCUGCUUGCAAGAGCAAAUCAGCUAUUUGUUGGAAGUCAAGGAUCAUACAUCUUCAGGGUUAAUCAUCUUGAUGUGAAAGCCAACUAGCUGAGAGGGAGCUGUGUGGAGGUGUUGGUUAGCCACCAAACAAAGUGGCAUGAUCCUCUCUGAAGAAGCACAUCUUCUGAUUGGCUGUGUAGUUCCAAGGGAAUUUUCCUCUGUAUGUUUGGUUGAAUAUCUCCUUGCUAUGUACAAGGCCUUAGCUAAGAAAGACAAAGCCUCUCUCUUCCUUUCUCUUCAGAUCAGGCACUUGUUCAUCAUAAAGUGUUAGCAAGUUUCUUUAUCUCUGGACUCUGUUUGUGGCAUUUAAGUGACUUUGCUCACACUAAUCUCACAAUGGGAGUAGAAAAAACAUGAAUAUCUGUAGCAUUGCUGCUUGGAGGCAGGGAGCGUAGGAUACCAUGCCAGGGUUUUCUCUGACUGGCAGUAGCCCUCUGUGGUCUCUCAACUAGAACACCAGUGAGGGAUUGAACAUGUGUCAUCUGGUAUGCAUUCUGUCAUCGAGAGCUCACCCACACUUUUGCACAAUCCAUAUCUUGUUUGUAUUGUGUAAAUUUCAUGGGGACCAAGAACUUUUUUCAUUGUUCAGAGGAUGUGCAUUGCAAAUAUCCAAUGUUAUCAGCUGAAUUGAAGCUCGCCUAAGCAGAAUCUCUCAUUGAAUCUUCCACACAUCUUGUUAGAUCUGAUUCAGUGGGUAAGAACAGAUUUUUGCAAGCCACAGCUGCGGGACACUAAGAAAAGCUCUUGGACCUGCGUGAAUGAUGUGGCACAUGAUGUGAUCAAAGUGUAUGAGUCAGGCAAAAGCAUGGACGGCUCCUGAGCUUUAUUCCCUCCCAGGGAUGGAAAAAUCUGUCAGUUUUGGUGUUUGAAAAUAAAACCACUCAUAAAAUAAUGUCCUUACUCAAAUCUAUGGUGAGAACAUGCAUGGAUUAUGGUUUAAAGUUAUGGCCACCUCACCAAUAUAAAAGGAUAACAUCGAGCUGGAGAAGUUCUGGAGAAGUUCUUUCAUGUGAUGGAGGUAACACACCUGUAAGUGUAUAGUUUGGGGGGCGGGGAAGUAAGAGGGGAUUUGAGAGAGAUGUAUAAGAUAUGGCUACCAGAUUUUUUUUCAAUGAAUCCGGGGACACUUUUUUAAAAAAAUACAUGCUUUAUUAUCCCUAAUUACAUCUAUACAUCAGCUGUUUUGCUGUCUCGAGAAGUCCGGACGGGGAGAGAAACCUGGGGCGUGCAGUUGGAAGCAGAGUUUGAGAACACGACUGUGGGAUGUUCACGCAAUCACAGAUUUGGAAAGGACCUCUGAGGGACAUCUAGGCCAACCUUCUACAGUGGAGGUACCUCAACUCAAGCAGCCUCAGCUUAAAAGAGCAUAAGGAGUCCCUGCUCCAAUUUGACUUCUGCAGUUCCCGGCCGUCGGGGACACGCUCUUGUUCACGCUCUCUCUCACGCUCAGCUGCUCAGCUCUGCAUCAGCCGCUGCUCCAGUUGGCCAAGGGGAUCGAAGUCAUCUCACCCCUCUGCGCCUUGACCAGCAGAGAAACCACAGCUCCUGCGCCCCUCCUGGACAACUGCACGCCGCCUGUCCAUGACUCCUGAGCCUCCCCCAAUCUCCCUUCCAACGCUUCUAUGGGGAGAGGUGCUGCUGUGCCCGGGUCCUGCUUGCAGGCCUCCGACCAGGUCAGCUGGGUGGCCAGUGUGAGGACAGGAUGCUGGGCGAGAUGGGCUAUGGGCCUCAUCCUGCCAGGAUCUUCGGGGCUAUGCUAGAUGGACCAACGGCCUCACUUGGUGUGAUGGCCUGGGACUCGGAAGCAGAGGAGACUCAGUCUGCACUGGAUCCUUUGCCUUGGGCAUCAUCUGAACCAAGUCUGGGGCCUGAUCCUGAAGAGUCCCAGUCUGCACAGGUUCCCCUGCAACAAGCACCAGCUGGGCCGAGUCAGGGGCCUGAGCUUGCCCUGGCUCCAGAUGCAGGGAUGACCUCGUUGCCUCCAGCUUGGCCAUCACUUACAGUUGCUCCUCUACCAGUUGGGUCAGGAGAGGCUGAGGCAGCUUCUGGGUCUAGUAACCCACCGACGUCUCCUGAGCUGCAGAGACUGAGGUCUGAGAGAAGGAGAGUCCUGAGUACUCACAGGAGGAGUGCUCACCUGCGGGCGAGACAGGGAGGUGAGUUGCCGGGGGAUCAGGACCGGCCAUUACCCCGACAGAGAUAAAAGGCUGUCGGGCCCUGCCCCAGGUUACGGGAGCAACAUUGCGGUAUGCUAGACCAUGACUGAGAUCCUGUACCUGUCCUUGCCUAGUUUCCUGCCUCGUGUCCUGCCUUGGCCCUGUCGGACUGACUCCUUGCGUAAUCCUUGGAUUCGGGACCAGACCUGGACCAUGUUGCACGUGUUACCCUGAGGGCCAGCACACUUGGCAUAAAGUUAACUUCCUGUAACAGACUUCCUUACCCAACCAGGAGACAACCACACAUCUGGUUUGCCAAUGUGAGGACAGAAGGCUGAACUAGAUGGACCACUGGCCUGGUCCUUCUUAUGCUCUUACACCAAGCAAACGUUCUGGAAAAUAUUUGUGACAAACAAGAAGCAGUUCACACUCAGUCCUGAUUAAUUCAAGGCAGCUGCCUCUACUUGCUCCAUUUUUUGCUCCAUUUAACCAACAUUAGACAUGCCCCUUUCCACAAGAAAAUGAGAAGCCAAGUUGCAGUUGGUGGGCAUGUUGUUUUGGGUAAUGUGUUCCUCCCAGCUUCGACCCGUGACCACCCCUCCCCCAGCCUCUGCUUGUGUUUCCUGUACUCAAAUUUGUUCAUUUUCAUAAACAAAACUUUUGCCCGGCAAAAUUGGAGGAUUAACGAUGUGACACUAAGGCAAAGUCUCCAGAAGCCGUGGGGCUUCUUGCAGAAAUGUUCUCUCCAGACACUACCCUCUGCUCAACAAACGGCUCCUAAUGUGCCACACAGAUGAUGUAGGUGACACCACACAUUUGAAGGAUUGAAAUAUUUCUCUCCAUCAUUCCAAACACCUUUUGAGGAGUCCACCCCCAAGCUAUUGCUAAGCCCUCAGAUUUCAACAAUCUGCAGCAGAACAUCUGUGCACAUCAUCGCUAAAGGGAAGUGGCUGCAAGGGAGUUUAUUGUCGCGUUAAGAGGCAACAUCUGAGGCUGAAUCCAGAUGUCUGUUUCCUGCAAUCCAGCAGCAGCCAAUUAAAUCACCAUGGUGAAUGAUAGAGAAUGGAAAUAUAUUGGCACUGCUGGAAUCUUGGCGUGACUGCCCCUUGUGGUGGGAGGCUGAAUUGCAGGAGUUCACCUUUUUAGAGAAAAUGAGCUCGCUCUGCCCAUUCAGGUUGACCAAUGGUGCUUUCUAGACAGGGAGGAGCUUCCUUCUCCAGCUGAACCUUGCUUUGGUACAAAGUUUUUCCUUUAUUCUUCUUUCUCCACUGGGUCUGCUUUACCUUUGGUCCUGCCUUAUCCAUUCUAUCCACUGAUCUGUCCCCUGGUUCAUUGGCUCCUGCAAGGGCUACCCAUAACUCAGACUGACUGUCCUCUUCUCUCUUGGGAUAUUCCAGGUCAUCCAGGGAAGGGCAUAUAUUCAGGAAAGACAGCUAUUAUGGACCUAUGGUACUCCCUGCCUCAGGCUCUUCUUAUGGGGAAUUAACCAUCAGAAGAAUCGUGUCUAACAAAGUUGCUGUGUCCAGAAGUGUGUUGCAGAAGGAGGGGAAGAGGGUAAACUUGGUGCUGGGGUUUAUUAUGGGGCUUGGUUCGACCUGCCCCUCAUGGAUCGGACCUAGUCCUUUGAAAGCCAUCUGCAUAUGUCUUGGCAUUGUCAGGAACAUGGCUCAUCUGAGUGCAGGAGAAGAUUCAGACUCGGAAAUUGAGCUAAGUGAGAGAGAGACCGACUCUGCAGAUGAAAACUGGCUGACACAGCCAAGAAGGGGUAAUUUGCCCCCCCCCUUCCAGAAGAUGACACUGUUAGCUCUCAAGGAGCGGGAGAGUUAGGAGGCAGCCAGAGCAUUGCUAGGCAACCAGCAGAUAAGCAGAGGACUGAGAGUGUGUCAAGUGGAAGUAGGGAGGGGGAAGGCCAGCUUCUCAGUCCCCGUUUUAGGAGACUGGAUAAGGUCAGAGGGCAACAGAAGGGCAGGAGGGGAAGGGCGGGAAUUUGGCAUCCUUCCUGCUGUGAAAGGGGCAGAGACUGACCAACUCUCGCCAAUGCGAGCAGGCGAGAAGCCGUUCUCUGGAUGUGUUGUUUUAAAUAAAUGCACAUAAAACUGCCGGAGAGUCAUUACUUCUUAUCGGGGCUUGCCUGCCUGCCUGAGAUCAUUACAGGCAUCUUGUGAUGCAGGAAAACUGGUCCUUCACACCCAGAGACUCCUAGUUCAAGGCCUGGUCCCUCCACAGUAGGAAUCUCUUUCUGCUACGUUCUUGCUUCAGGGGCCUCAACAGCAUGUAUUCUGAAGUCCCCAUUUCCCUGUCUCCCACAAGUCCUUCCAAAAACAGGGGGCACCUGGGAUGUAUCAAAUUAACCAAACAUUUGAUUCACAACAACCUCUCCUAAAAAUAGGCCAGUUUUGGGAAACUCAUCUCCCUGGUGGCUUGAGAAAGAGGAAGGGACAUCUGACUUUCAUCUGCGUCCUAAGCUUGAGGCGUAUUUCCGUUUUUCUCAGUGACAACUCGCGGAUGCCCCUCUUUGCCGCUGCAUCUUCUUUGCCUUCAGGCAGAUCAGACCCAGAUGCUUAGCAGGACUUCGCUGGUCAGCUUUUAGAUGUCACGAUUCAAGGCAAACCUCGCCUAAUCCACACUUUCUGAAACAAUAUGGGAACUGAAACGCAGCCCUUCUUCAAAAUUUGCCCUCAGGCAUCCUGUUCUCUCAGUGGCCAAUGAGAUGCCUUAAGGAAAUGCCGCAAGCAGGAUCCGGGCACAAGAGCUCUCUCGCUUCUUGUGGUUUCCAGCAACUGGUAUUCAGAAGCGUUUAGUUAUCGUGCGUGGGAGCUAUCGACAAACUUUUCCUCCCUGAAUUUGUCUAAUCCUCUUUUAAACCCAUCACUGCCUCCUGUGGCAGGGAGUUCCAUAGUUUACCUCAGUGUUUUUUUUCUAAAAAACAAAUGUUUGGGGUAUUCUCAUUUUGACUCAAGAAUAUCACCAUUUUAUAGUUCAAAUCAGGAAAAAGCAAAUGGACAAAAGUACAAAUUUUCACAAAAUGUUUAGGGGGUAUGUGUACCCCUGCGUACCCCUAGCAAAAAGCACUGAUGACAGGAAUUGGACCUUGUGGCGUUUGCCCUCCUAGGUGUGCGACAUCAUACUGGGUUCAUAAGGAAAGUGUUUUGUUGUUGUUGUUUAGUCGUGUCUGCCUCUUCGUGACCCCAUGGACCAGAGCACGCCAGGCCCUCCUGUCUUCCACUGCCUCCCGCAGUUUGGUCAAACACAUGCUGGUAGCUUCGAGAACACUGUCCCACCAUCACGUCCUCUGUCGUCCCCUUCUGCUUGUGCCCUCUAUCUUUCCCAACACCAGGGUCUUUUCCAGGGAGUCUUCUCUUCUCAUGAGGUGGCCAAAGUACUGGAGCCUCAGUUUCAGGAUCUGUCCUUCCAGUGAGCAUUCAGGGCUGAUUUCCUUCAGAAUGGAGAGGUUUGAUCUUCUUGCAGUCCAUGGGACUCUCAAGUGUCUCCUCCAGCACCAGAAUUCAAAAGCAUCCAUUCUUCGGCGAUCAGCCUUCUUUAUGGUCCAGCUCUCACUUCCAUACAUCACUACUGGGAAAACCAUAGCUUUAACUAUACGGACCUUUGUUGGCAAGGUGAUGACUAAUUGUUAAAUGACUAACCAAUGGGAACCCAAGGGGCAGAGUUAACUGUGUAUAAGGUUUAAGCACAGAGGUUUUUGGGGGGAGUUAGAGUUAGGGUGGUUGAGAAGACAGUCUGGAGUUCGAAGAGACAGAGAAGAUAAGUCUGUGGGUUGGGCUAGUCUGGUGUGAGAGAGUGAGAGAAUUUUCUAGGAGGAGUCAGUCAAACAGUUGAGAUAAUCAGUCAGAAGGUAUUAGGAAGGUAUAGGCUGGUAAAGAAACUAAAGUUAAGAUACUGACAGGGAUAUUAUCCGAGAAACCAUAAACUUGUUAAUGUUUGUAAAAUAAACUUGUUUUUUGGUUCACUUAUAACAACUGUCUGGACUCAGUGUUUUACCUGAGAGUAACGGGUUGGUGGCAGUGGGGAAGCGAGCACAGUGGUGGCACAGGGAUCAAUAGACCAUUAAACAUCCGGGGACCCUGUGUGAUCGCCACAGACCUGUAUAGAAAUACAGUGUUUAGCCAACUGCCUGUUGUCUUUAUCCAUGGAGUUUUCUUGGCAGGGAUACUGGAGUGGCUUGCCAGUUCCUCCUCCUGGUGGAUCACGUUUGGUCAAAACACUCCACUAUGACCUGUUCAUCUUGGGUGCCCUGCUCGGCAUAGUUCAUAGCUUCUCUGAGUUAUUCAAGCCCCUUCGCCACAGCAAGGCAGUGAUCCAUGAAGUGAGAGCUGGACCAUAAAGAAAGCUGAUCGCCGAAGAAUUGAUGCUUUUGAAUUAUGGUGCUGGAGGAGACUCUUGAGAGUCCCAUGGACUGCAAGAAGAUCAAACCUCUCCAUUCUGAAGGAAAUCAGCCCUGAGUGCUCACUGGAAGGACAGAUCGUGAAGCUGAGGCUCCAAUACUUUGGCCACCUCAUGAGAAGAGAAGACUCCCUGGAAAAGGCCUUGAUGUUGGGAAAGAUGGUGGGCACAAGGAGAAGGGGACGACAGAGGAUGAGAUGGUUGGACAGUGUUCUCGAAGCUACCAGCAUGAGUUUGACCAAACUGCGAGAGGCAGUGGAAGAGAGUAGUGCCUGGCGUGCUCUGGUCCAGGGGGUCACGAAGAGUCGGACACAACUAAACGACUAAACAACAACAGCCCAACUGCACCAUCAGAGCUGUUAUUUGUGCUGCAUACUUUAUCCUGGAAUUGAUGUGGCUGGGAUUCCAUAUUCCUCGGCUCCAGGCCAGCAACUGGGAGCAGUCCAUCAAGCGGGUGAUUUGCUCAGUUAGCAAGCCUUUUAAACAAUGCAGUUGAAACUAUAGCGGAUUGAUCACAGCAAUUAUCUGAUUAAGCCUGGCUCUCCCCUGAAGCUCUAUCAGCAAAAGGCUUGGAAUAGGAAGUGCUUUAGAGGAAAUGACAUGUUUAUUCUUACCCUGCCCCAAGCCAUGCGGAAUAGUGUUGGCGGAUCCCAAGGGAGAGAUGCACACAGACCUUUCCCAGCUGCCGGCCAAUUGGAGAAGGGGGAAGAGGAGAAGCAGGAGAGGGAGCGGGGGCCGGGGGCUGGGGGCCGGUGCUUUUUUUCAUCCAAUAUAUCAGAGCCUUUAGGGCAAAGAUUGCGUGUGUCGCACAACAAAUGCACAGUUGCUAUAGGGAAUCCCGUGUGGAGUGCUCCUGUUCAGGGUGCUGGCCAGCCAUGCCCGUUUCCCAAAUACUCCAUUCCAUUCCCUAAAGUAAAGGUAAAGGGACCCUUGACCAUUAGGUCCAGUCACGGACGACUCUGGGGUUGCAGCGCUCAUCUCGCUUUAUUGGCCGAGGGAGCCGGCGUACAGGUCAUGUGGCCAGCAUGACUAAGCCGCUUCUGGUGAACCAGAGCAGCGCACGGAAACACCAUUUACCUUCCCGCCGGAGCGGUACCUAUUUAUCUACUUGCACUUUGACGUGCUUUCGAACUGCUAGGUUGGCAGGAGCAGGGACCGAGCAACGGGAGCUCACCCCGUUGCGGGGAUUCAAACUGUCGGCCUUCUGAUCAGCAAGCCCUAGGCUCAGUGGUUUAACCCACAGCGCCACCCGCGUCCCUUUUUUGGGCUACAUUAAUAAUAAUAAUAAUAAUAAUAAUAAUAAUAAUAAUAAUAAAUUUAUACCCUGCCUAUCUGGCUGGGUUUCCCCAGCCACUGUGGUUGGCUUUCAACAGGAUAUUAAAAACACAGUAAAAGAUCAAACAUUAAAAAUUUCCCUAAACAGGGCUGCCUUCAAAUGUCUUCUAAACGUCAGAUGGUUGUUUAUUUCCUUGACAUUUGAUGGGAGAGCAUUCCACAGGGCAGGCACCACCACCAAGAAGGCCCUCUGCCUGGUUCCCUGUAACCUCACUUCUCGCAAGGAGGGAACCACCAGAAGGCCCUCAGAGCUGGACCUCAGUGUCUGGGCUGAACGAUGGGGGUGGAGACGCUCCUUCAGGUAUACUGGGCCGAGGCCGUAACUGAUGAUUCACACUCAGACGACAAGUUCACUGUUAGUAUCUCAGAUCUCCUUUUUAGAGAGGAGAAUUCGGGGAGAGCAAAUACUUUUCCUUCCUGCAGAUUCUCCGCCAAUUCAUCUUUGAAAAGAGCCCCUAUUUCCUCAGAGAAGCUAUCCAGCUCCAGCAUUGAAACCUGUAUGUUGGCUGGAAGCAGGAUUUUUGCAAGAGAAAAUGGGAGUCUAGAAAUCGAGAGGGAUUUCAGGGACACCAUAAACAUCCAGCGUUUUUCUUAGCCAACAUUUCUCAUAGAGAUUAAUUUUUCCAAAAGCAGAUUCCACCCCCAGUCUCUCAUGGAGGCAGCGUUCCAGGUUUGCUGACAACAUGUCGUGACCUCUAGAUAGCUCAGGAUUUUGCCUGACCACAAAAAGCAUCCCUGAGCAUCAUCUUGGUCAAAUUGCUCUGGGUUAUAUUUCUCAAGAACUGCUCCAGAUUUGGCACCAUUGUGGAGCCAAGAGAACCCAAGGUGCCUCUCUAGAGACAAACGCCGCAAUUAUUUCAUCCGAAUGAGUUUCUCGAUUAUUUCUUCCAAAGGAGGAAAUGAGGAGGGGGGAGAAAAGAGGACUUUUUGUCGAAUGGGCUGGAAGAAAGCAAGACAGAGGGGGAGGAAAGGUCUUGAGGAGUUUCUUCCCUUAACAUUUUGACUGCUUCACCUUUAGCUGGAGAGCUACAUCCAGAUGAAUAUGAAGUCGGAAAUGGUGCAGAUCCAGCAGAACGUGGUGCAGAACCAGACGGCCACGAUGCUGGAGAUUGGAACGAAUCUCUUGAACCAAACAGCGGAGCAGACCAGGAAACUGACCGACGUGGAGGCUCAGGUGGGUUGGUGGAAGAGGGUUGAAGAAGGGAAGAAAUACGGAAAAAUUGUUAUGUCAGUCUAGAUGAUACCCUGGUGUCCCUUCCAAAUCCGCAAUCCUGUAGUUGUGAGGAUAGAGUGCAUUAUUCGUUUAUAAAAUAUAUUUAUAGGCGGGUGGCGCUGUGGGUUAAACCACAGAGCCUAGGACUUGCCGAUCAGAAGGUCGGCGGUUCAAAUCCCCGUGACGGGGUGAGCUCCCAUUGCGCGGUCCCUGCUCCUGCCAACCUAGCAGUUCGAAAGCAUGUCAAAGUGCAAGUAGAUAAAUAGGUACCGCUCCAGCGGGAAGGUAAACGGCGUUUCCGUGCACUGCUCUGGUUCGCCAGAAGCGGCUUAGUCAUGCUGGCCACAUGACCCGGAAGCUGUACACCGGCUCCCUCGGCCAAUAAAGCGAGAUGAGCGCCGCAACCCCAGAGUCGGCCACGACUGGACCUAAUGGUCAGGGGUCCCUUUACCCUUUACCUUUAUACUUCAUUCCAGCUUCAGGUUUUCUUCUGUGCCUUGCGCAGGUACUCAACCAGACCUCCCGCAUUGAGAUCCAGCUACUGGAGAACUCUCUGUCCACCAAUAAGCUGGAGAAGCAGCUGCUGAUGCAGACGAACGAGAUCCACAAGCUGCAGAACCGAAACAGGUAGGUGUAGGAACACCUGGAUUCCUGCAGAGCUGCCUCUUUCCAAGGCAGAGAAUAUAUUCAGGGGCUCAGGGCUGCUGCUGGAGGUGAGUCUCUUUAUGUCAGGGGUCAGCAAACAUUUUCAGCAGGGGGCCGGUCCACUGUCCCUCAGACCUUGUGGGGGGCCGGACUAUAUUUUGGUUUUUUGGGGGGAUGAACAAAUUCCUAUGCCCCACAAAUAACCCAGAGAUUCAUUUUAAACAAAAGGACACAUUCUACUCAUGUAAAAACACCAGGCAGGCCCCACAAAUAAUCCAGAGGUGCAUUUUAAAUAAAAGGACACAUUCUACUCAUGUAAAAACACACUGAUUCUUUGACCAUCCACAGGCCGCAUUUAGAAGGCAACUGGGCCAGAUCCGGCCCCCGGGCCUUAGUUUGCCUACCCAUGCCUUAUGUGCAUCAAUGACCUAUUUACAGUUGACCAGGCUACAGCCUAGAGCAAAACACCUUCCUCGCUUUCUGUUUAAAGUUCUCUUGCUCUCGUUGCUUUCAAAGCUAUUUCCUUUGGCCACAUUGUUAUCUGGUUACGUUGUCAUUCCUACAUUGCAGGGGGGGUUGGACUAGAUGACCCUCGGGGUCCCAUACAAUUCUAUGAUUGUAUGUUUAUUUGUAGUCCUGCUUCUGAGUUGUCAUUAGUCACAAGAUAGCCAAGUGUUGGUAAUAGCUACUGGUUUUCUUAUAAAUUAGUUACCCUACAACUGUGGUAGGUUGAUGGUUUGUGCAUGCUUUCUAAGUAGCUAUAUAUAAAUACUUCCAGCUAUAUAUUUAUUUCACCUUUACAUGUUUGUUAGUAAGAAUGCAUAAAAAUAUUUCCAUGCAAUAUUCUUUGCUGUGUGGUCUUUUAAACUACAAUAUUCUCUCUCUCUCUGUGUGUGUUUGUGCAUCUAUGUCACACACCUGUGCCUAUAAGUGAGUUUAUCUGGGAACCUAUAGCUGUAAACUGGGUGUUGAAAAAAUGUGCAAUUUAUUGUUACUGUUACGAUUAUUAUCUUCCUUUGUGUGUUGGACCACUAUUUUGAAUAAUACUUUUUAUGGGCUAAGGUAGAGAGAGCACUGGGGAUGAGUUUAUGGAACCAAGUGAGCGACGCCCAAAAAAGUUUUGGAAUCACUGUAUUUACAGGACCGCCUCUCCUGGUCUGCCCCGCAGAGGACCUUAAGGUCCAUGAAUAAUCAUAGUUUAGAGGUCCCGGGCCCUAAGGAAAUCAGACUAUCCUCCACCAGGGCCAGGGCCUUCUCAGUGAUGGCUCUGACCUGGUAGAAUGCUCUGUCCCAUGACACCAGGGCCCUGCAGGAUUUCACUUCCUUCCGCAGUGCCUGUAAGACAGAGCUAUUCCGCCUGGCUUUCAAUUUGAACUUAGUCUGAUCUUUUAUUCCCCUUCCUUCCCUCCCCCUCCCCUUUUUAUGAAGAUUCCCUGCUCUGGGAUCCCACAGCUAAUUCUCCCCUGGCCUCCUCACUGGCCCAAAUAGGACUAACUUAGCCAGCUAGCCCUGGUGAUCAUCUAAUGUUUAUUGGAUGGAUUUCCCCUCUAAAUUGAUUUUUGAAUUCUGAAUUUAUCGUUAUUCACAUUUUAUACUGCAUUUUAUGCUGUUUUCUGUUGCAUCAAUUGUUUUAAAUUUGUUGUUAGCUGCCCUGCGCCCAGUUUUCUGAACCAGGAAGGGUGGGGUAUAAAUAAAAAAUUAUUUAAAUUAAAGCAAAUCAUUCUCUCUUUCAUUAGUUGCUACAAACACAUUCUCUCGGGUAAAAGGAAUCUCCAGUUUGCUAAUCAUAGAAGCCAAGAACCCAGUAGGGCUUGGUUGAUUCCCUGUCCAGAAAUGUACUCAGGAGACUUUGAAAUAAAUCUAUCCUCAACUGCAAUUGGCUCUCUUCCUUAUCUCAGUCUUGCUCUCCUGGACUGCAGAUCUCAGCUUCCAAAGGACUGAGUUUCUCUUCCCAGCCAUCACCAUCCAUGGAUCUGCUGAUAUGUGAGGACCUCUUGGUUUCUCUGUAAUUCCAGCAGCGUUGUCCAAAGGAGCACCUCGUUCCAUUAGGUCACUAAUGGAUUUGUUGGCUGAGGACCAAUAUGUGGAUUUUGCUGCCUGGUUCCCAGAAGAUAAGGAGCAAAGGAUAAAGCGAAUUCCAUUGACUGGGGAUGGAGGGUGUGCAAGUUCUCAAAGUUGUGCAAGAUGCAGAGCUGUAUCCAGCAUUCAUCCUGAAGAAAUAAUGGGCAUGACUAAGGUCAGUCCAUUAAUUUCAGUGGGUCUGCACUGUCGCCAGUGGCGCUGUGGGUUAAACCACAGAGCCUAGGACUUGCCGAUCAGAAGGUCGGCGGUUUGAAUCCCCACGUCGGGGUGAGCUCCCGUUGCUCAGUCCCAGCUCCUUCCAACCUAGCAGUUCAAAAGCACAUCAAAGUGCAAGUAAAUAAAUAGGUAUCGCUCUGGCGGGAAGGUAAACGGUGUUUCUGUGCGCUGCUCUGGUUCUCCAGAAGCGGCUUAGUCAUGCUGGCCACAUGACCCGGAAGCUGUACGCCGGCUCCCUUGGCCUAUAGAGCGAGAUGAGCGCCGCAAUCCCAGAGUCGGCAACAACUGAACCUAAUGGUCAGGGGUCCCUUUACCUUUUACCCUGAGUAGUCUAGUUAAGUAGAAGCCAUAGUCUAAGGUUACCAGACGUCCCCGUUUCCCAGGGACAGUCCCCGGAUUUAGAAAUCAGUCCCCUAUCAUUCCUAGUGUCCCUGGAUUCAUUGAAAAAAAUCUGGUAACCUUACCAUAGUCUGCCUGCCAGCCCAAAACUGAAGUCCCUCCUGCCUGUGUGGUCCCAACAUUUAGUUGAUGCAUCAGAUACAUCCAUGAGCUUCAUCCAGGUGGUCCAUGACAUGUCUCUGUAUUCGUGGUUGAAGAUGGGAAACAGGACAUCCAUCGCUUUAAAUAUUCCUCUUGCUUUUUUAAUUCUACUUUUUAAUCGCUUCUUCCGUUGUAUUUUACUGCAUUACGAUAUGAAUUUCUAUGGAAUUACAAUUGCUACAGCAGGCGGAAAAAUCACUAAGUGAUCCAUCUGAGACCACCAGAAAUUUUCAAGAGGUUAUGGGCAAAAAAGGGGGGGUUGGUGGGGAGCUGCUGAGCUAGAUGAAUCAGUUUAAAACGUUUUGGUCCCUUGCGGGAGAGAAAAAUGAAAACCUUCUAUGAAAUACCGUAUUUUUCGCCCUAUAGGACGCACUUUUUCCCCUCCAAAAAUGAAGGGGAAAUGUGUGUGCGUCUUAUGGGGCGAAUGCAGGCUUUCGCUGAAGCCUGGAGAGCGAGAGGCGUCGGUGCGCACCGACCCCUCUCGCUCUCCAGGCUUCAGGAAGCUAUCCGCAAGCCUCCCGCGCCCGGCGGGAGGUCCCACCGGGCGCACGAGGCUUGCGGGCAGCAGCCUGCAGCCCGAAGCACGGGGCGCGCUGCGGAGCACGCCCCGUGCUUCGGGCAGAUGUCCGCAAGCCUUGCACGCCCGGCAGGAGGUCCCGCCGGGCUCGCAAGGCUUGCAGGCAGCAGCCUGUUCUGGGGGCUGGGGUCGGGGGAAGCUCGGGCUUCCCCCGAGCCAGCCCCGUGCCUGGGGGGGCAAUAAUUUUUUUUCUUUAUUUCCCCCCCCCCAAAAUCUAGGUGCGUCCUAUGGGGCGGUGCGUCCUAUGGGGCGAAAAAUACGGUAAGUAAAUAAACAAUUGGGCACCACCUUCAGAUCCUUGGAGGAUGAAGAUUCGCUCACAGGUAGCAGCACCCUACCACUCAACUCUCAUAAGACCAGUAUAAAAGAGCAUUUAGAAAUCAAAAUUAUUUAUUUUAUUUUUUUCAAAAAAGUUUAUUCAUUUUAUAACACAAAUAAAGAACACAAACAAUACAAUACAAACAAAUUCUUAUCUUAUCCGUAUUUUCCUAAACAUUGUUAAGUGGGCUUCCCCAAGUCCCACCUAUCUGAUUUUCAUUUUACUUCAUCUUUAGCAGUUUACAUAUAUCAUAGUUUCUAACCAUCUUUCCCCCCCCACACACACUUAAAAUAACUUCACAAUUUAGCACUUUCAAAUAAUACUAUUUUAAAAUACACUACCUUCUACUUCUAACCCUACAGCCGAUAUCCACUUCCAAAGCUAUUCAAAGAUUUAAAUAUUAACAUUUUUUUUUUCAAAUAUUCCUUAAACUAGAAAUCAAAAUUAAAAGCUAUAGGGAGUGACUUUGGAGUGACUUUGGUUUCCAAGCUUCAGUUCCCCUCCAUUCUUGCGAAGGAUCCAAACUGUGCUGAGAUCAGAGUUUGUUGCAUUCCGGCCAGCUGGCUUCACAAAGUUUGGGGGGAUGAUUUCUCUUGCAACCGCAGCACUUUUGGGAUUGUUCCCAAGAUGCGUUUGCUGUGCCAAACUGUUAUGAAAAGCCAAUUUAUGGCCAUCCCGCCUGGCCAAAGAAAGGUGAUGGGGGCAGCGGGGAGAGAAGCCAAUAUGGCGCGGAAGCGUCACGAGAGAAGUUGUCUUUUUUUUCUUUUUAAAAAAUGAAAUCCCUGAUGGCUGCAAAAAUAAACUGAUGAAGUGCCUGGUGAUGACAGCAGCAGCAGCGGCAGUGACAGAGUCGUAGAAGUUGCUUGUUCCGGCCUUUGUUACUCCAGAACACAUGCACGCACUCUCUCCUUCGGGGACGGUCUCUAAAAAUGGCAAGCAUGAGAACAUACAAAGAGCCCUGCUAGAUGCUGGAUCAAGCCAAAGGCCCAUCUAGUCCAGCAUUCUGUUCUCACAGGGGCUAUUGAGAUGCUCGUAGGAAAUCUGCAAGCAGGACUUGAGCAGAAGAGCCCUCUUUCCUCCUGCAGUUUCCAGCAACUGAGAUUCAGAAGCAUUUAUUUCUCCAACUAUGGAGGCAUGGCAAGUAGCCAACAAUUGCCCUCUCAUCCAUGGAUUUGCCUAUGGAUUCCCCAUGGAUUUUUCACAGUUGGAGGAAGCAACGCUUCUGAAUCUCAGUUGCUGGAAAUGGCAGGAGGAGUUAGUGGCCGGGACGCAGGUGGCACUGAUGGGUGGUCUUUUGUCAGGAUGGCCAUCUGUUAGCCGUGAUUCCUGCAUUGCAGGGGAUUAGACUAGAUGACCCUUGGCGCCCUUCCAACUCCACGUGCCCAAUCAGCAUUUAACUGUCUGCAUGUUGAUUGUGUCUUCUUCUUUGGUCAUUCCUCGUAGCUGAGUAAGAUUGUCUUCCAUGAACACAGUCUAAACAGUGAGUCCGUAAGUGACUGUGGAGGCCAAUUCUGGAUCCACAUGUCCUUCCACAGUGGGGACAUUGGUUUCUGGGCGGGAGUUGAUCAUGGUGAAGAUUUGCCAAGCGUGCCUUCCUCUUAGCAUGUUUCUCCCUUGCGUUCUGAGUUUGAGCAUCUUCAAAGUCCAUGUCACCUUUGGUAAAGGCUGUUCUCCAACUGGAGUGCUCACAGGCCAGUGUUUCCCAGUUGUCGUUGUUUAUACAGUGGCACCUCGGGUUAAGGGACGGGGGUGGCACUGUGGGUUAAACCACAGAGCCUAGGACUUGCCAAUCAGAAGAUCAGCGGUUUGAAUCCCCGCGACGGGGUGAGCUCCCGUUGCUCGGUCCCUGCUCCUGCCAACCUAACAGUUCGGAAGCAUGUCAAAGUGCAAGUAGAUAAAUAAGUACCACUCCAGCGGGAAGGUAAACAGCGUUUCCAUGCGCUGCUCUGGUUUGCCAGAAGCAGCUUAGUCACACUGGCCACAUGACCCGGAAGCUCCCUCGGCCAAGAAAGCAAGAUGAGCGCCGCAACCCCAGAGUCGGCCACGACUGGACCUAAUGGUCAGGGGUCCCUUUACCUUUAUAUACUGUCCCAAAAUGCCUUUUUUUCCCCCAACAGCCACCACAUGUGGUAAAAAUCUCCAUCCUUAUCUAAACAUUUCCAGCAUUUUUUACUUCUAAUCCUGUACAUUUUUGCCAGCUUGGUUGGGGUGAGGAAACCCAACUAAAUUUCCAACUAUCUUUACACCUAAAACAGGACCCACAUCCUGGUGAAUCCCAUAGAUGAACUCUGUGGAUGUGACUGUGCGGCCCUCAAGGCAGGUGCCCGCUUUUUAAGCUGACCGCCUUCUGAAAAGUGUCUCUUGCCAGCUCUUUGCAAAUCCACCAGCCAUCCGCCCUGCAGUUCUGUUGCCCUCAUUCCCUCUCCUUCCUCCCUUGGCAGUAUUUUGGAGACCCGAGUCCUGCAGAUGGAGACAAAGCACCUGAUGGAACUGGAAGGGAUCCGGACGGAGAAGGAGGAGCUGCAGCAGCUGGUGAUCCGCCAGAGCGACACCAUCGAGGUCUUGGAGAAGUCUCUCCACGCCGCCAGCGGCAACACCAGCCUGCUCCAACAACAGCAGCUGCAGCUGUUGGAGUCAGUUCAGAAUUUGGUCCAGCUGGUCUCCCAAGGCAAAGGUGAGCUCGGAGCCACCGAAAUAAAUCACGCUUUAUCUCAAAUGAGGCAGCUUCCAAGCCUCUGCUGCUUCAGAGCUCCAGAUGAUGUGCAUACUAGCCAGAGGUCCACCGCAGACGGAGAUAGCUCAACAGUUCGCAGUCUUCCUACGCCUUUUUCUGAACUCUCCUGGCUGCCUACACAGGUCCUACUUGCCGGCAGCCUCUCUCCCUGUCCCUCCUUCCUAGUCUCCCCUUCCAAAAUGAACUUUCCUUUCCUUAGCAGAGUCGCACCUUUUUGCCAAUGUUCCAUCAUCAGGACUUUCCCCUCUGGACUGCUUGAUUUGUGAACAUUCCUUUACAUCAGAGCAGCUGAGCCAAUGGGAAGAGGGAGUGGGAGGAAGCCUCCAGCGAUGCUCUGUGUCAUUUGAAAGUUCAGGUGUGCAGGAGAAUAGCGCACAAGGCCAAUUUGGCGCAACUUACAGCAAAGAGUGGACGCGUUCCAUUGUGAGGGAUGCUUUUGAAAAACUUAAAAUUCUACGUUGCUUUCUAAAUAUUAAAGCAAUAUUUUGUUGGAAGCUGCCCAGAGUGGCUGGGGAAGCCCAGCCAGAUGGGCAGGGUAUAAAUUUAUUAUUAUUAUUAGUGUAGCAACUUUUCAAACUCAGUGCUUUUACACCAUGUCUUCCCAUCCCCACCUGCAAUAAACUCAGGUCAGAUCCACAACAUACAUUUGAAGCACAUCCAAUGCACCUGGCUUUCCCCCAAAGGAUCCUGGGAACUAUAGUUCCCCUGCACAGUGCAACAAUUCACUUAAUAAGCUAUGGUUCACAGAACUCCUUGGGGGAGGUUGUGCACUUUAAAUGUGCAUUGGGUGUUUGUUAAAUGCAUGGUGUGGAUCUGCCCAAAAUAUUACUGGAAGGAUGAGGAUCUUCCAGGUGCUGUUGAACUACAACUCCCGUCAUCCCUAACCAUUGGUCAUGCUGGCUGCAUCUGGAGAGUCACAGUUUCCCCACUCUGGUCUUUAGCUUGGAUUGAUGAAGAAAGAACAAGGCAGGAAUUAGUAAAUAUAAUCGCAGUUUUCCCCAAGCAAAUUUUAAAUAGGAAUUUUAUUCACAUUUCAAAUAGGGAAAUUUGCUUGAGACUGGGAGCUCACUGUCGCUGUAUCCAUGCCCCAAAAUGCUUAUUUAAUUUGGAGAGGCCAACUCUUUAGCAUUUUACUUUCUCUUGCUAGUUCCUCCAAAGAAAGAAGACCGGCUGUUCCAGGACUGCGCAGAAAUCCGCCAAUCUGGAGUUAAUCUCAGUGGGGUUUACACCCUCCAUAUCAACAAUCUGACUGAACCCAAGAAGGUCAGUGAAACCCCAAGAGCCUAUGAACUGAGGCAGGGAGAAGGAUCAUUGCUCAAUUUGUACAGCUAAACAAAGCACCUUGGUUCUCCUACCGUCGGUGCUUCUAAAGGAAUCUGACCCUGUUAAGUUGUGGAUGAACAUAUCAGACAACACAUCGAUUCUUCAAACAGCUCUUGUUUAUUCACAGGCCAGAACUGAACUGAAGGGUUCAGCCACCCUUCUUAUAUAGAGCUCCACUACAACGCAACAGUAACCACUCUCUGUAACUAUCCAAUCACUGAACGUCAUUUUCAAUCCCUUAUUUGCAUAUGUGGACCUGAGUGAAAACUAUCCACAGUAUCCCCCUGCUGGCCCAGGGUGAGAACUUCAGUACAUAACAGACCCUCUCUAAGGCUGUCUGGAAAACGUCCUGGUCUAGAAACGGGUUCUGCAAAGGCCCAGUGUUUCCCAAACUUGGGUUUCCAGCCGUUGUUGGAUUACAAAUCCCAUCAUCCUUGAACACUGGUCCAGCUAGCUAGGGAUGAUGGGAGUUGUAGUCCUAAAGCAGCUGGAGACCCAAGUUUGAGAAACAUUGGCAGCUAAGCAAAAGAGGGGCAGGGAGAUUUUAUUCAAAUGGAUUGCCUUUCUGCUCUUGGUUCUGGUGGCUAGAUUUUGCUUUGGGCUGGGGAACAUUCAUGGGUUCAAGGGGAAAUUGGCAGGACCUGGAAGGAGCUCUGGAACACAGGAAAUUUCCUUACAACUUCUAUAUAGACCAUUGGCCUAUAUAGUUCAGUAUUGUCUACACUGACGGGCAACACCUCUGUGGCAUUUAUUUUAUUAUUUCAUUUCAUAAAAUGUAUACGCCACUUCAAUAUCACAUGCUUUUUCUUGUUAAAUAAUGAUUACUUGCCAUCACGACACUGGAGUUAAACACAGAAUCUAAACACUGCUUUUCUUGGUGGAAGUCUCUGUUGACUAAAGGUAAAGGUAAAGGGACCCCUGAACAUUAGGUCCAGUCGUGACCGACUCUGGGGUUGUGGCACUCAUCUCGCUUUAUUGGCCAAGGGAGCCAGCGUACAGCUUCUGGGUCAUGUGGCCAGCAUAACUAAGCCACUUCCGGCGAACCAGAGCAGCGCAUGGAAACGCCGUUUACCUUCUCGCCGGAGUGGUACCUAUUUAUCUACUUGCACUUUGACGUGCUUUCGAACUGCUAGGUUGGCAGGAGCAGGGACUGAGCAUCGGGAGUGCACCCCGUCGCAGGGAUUCGAACCGCCGACCUUCUGAUCGGCAGGUCUUAGGCUCUGUGGUUUAACCCACAGUGCCACCCGCACUACGCACAUGCAAAUUGUUCAUUCCAAGCCAGGUUCAGUGCUUGCACAUUUCCGCAUCAGUUUCCAGCGUUGUUUAUUUUAUUUUUUAUUUUUUAAAGUCCUUAUGGCAUCUGCAAAGAUCAGAUUCUUCCAAUAUCCAUAGGCUCAGCUGUGUUUCUGCCUCUUGUUCCUUCCAUCUGAGCAUCCUCUGCUUUCUUCCUUUACAGACCUAUUGUGAUAUGGAGACGGACGGAGGCGGCUGGACAGUGAUCCAGUACAGAGUCAAUGGCAGCGUCAGCUUCCAAAAGAACUGGAAAGAGUACAAACAGGUCUGAUUCUCCCUUGGACUUGUCAUCCUCAAUCCGUCAGAUCUUUUCGAUCAAAAGUAGAAAGAGCGGAGACCACAUAGCAAUCACCACGGGGCCAAUAGCAGCCCACGGCUUUGCUGACCCCUAUUUUGCUGACCCACUGGCUUCCUGAGGCCAUGCGCCAGUGUGCAUCAUUUUAUGCAGAGGAAACUUGCUCGCCACAGUUUGAUCAGUUGCACAAUCUUCUCUCCCAAAUCAAGCAGGGGGAAACCGUAUACCGGGGCUCUGCACAGCACUGAUUGGCCAGGCAAGGUGAAGUCACCAACCCACUUUGCUCUCCCUCCCCAAUCACUGUUUCAGCAUCCAAAAAAUUAUUCAGUAGUGAUGGAUUCAAGGAAGGGGGCAAAUGGGCAUUCUUCUGGAUAAAUUACUUUAAACGUAAAAAAACGAGACAGCUGAUCUGAAGCCGGGCAGUACAUAACACAGCAGAAGCUUCUUCUUCUCCAUGUUGCACAAAGUAACAAGAGGGAAUCGGAAGGUUGGAGUCAACUAAAUUACUCUCAGAGUAGACCCAGUGAAAUUAAUGGACUUGGACUAUUCAUGUCUAUUAAUGAGUCUACUCUGAACUAACAUUGGAUACAACCAAUAGUGUUGGAAAUGACCACAGAGUUAAUCUCACCUUUCCUACCAUGGAACACCCCCACCCCAAAAAUAUGUGCCAUCUAAUUUUUACAAGACAUUGCGGUGUGGAGAGCUCCUGUUCAGGGUUCCAGCCAGCCAACUGUGGUCCUCUUGCCAAAUACUCCAUUCCGUUCUGUUCCUCUUCCCAGUUUUCUGUCCCUUUCUCCAGAAGACUCAGCACGCUGUUGCUCUUCAUCUGUCUGUUUUUUGGGGGGAAGGUUGCCUAAAUAUUUUUUCCCUAAAUGAUGAUUGUACAUCUGCAGACCUUGGAGUUCUCUGGACCAUGCUGAUCCCAUUUCUUCUCUCUCUCCCCAACCCGUGGUCCCAUUUCGACCGCAAUCCUUUCAGCCCUCACCGGCUGAAUUCAAUAUUCAUGCGAGGAACAGCCUCUUAGCUGAUAUAUGCCGAGAACUUAAUUGAGCAACCCACUUAGUGCUUUGUGUUUUGCCUCUCCCAGGGCUUUGGGGAUCCAGCAGGAGAAUACUGGCUGGGGAACGAGGCAGUCCACCUCUUGACCAACCAGGGAGCCUAUUCUUUGAGAGUCGAACUCCUGGACUGGGAAGGAAAUCGCGCCUACGCCCACUACGAAAAGUUCCAGCUGGGAAGCGAGCGUCAGCGAUACAGGUAACAUGUGGUCUUUGCCAACUGUAUGCAAACAGCAUGGUAGGUGUUUAUCAGCAGGGUUCAAAUCCCCACUCAGCCGUGGAGCUCACCUUGGGCCAGUCGCCAUCUCUUAGCCUAACCUACCUCACAGGGUUGCUGUGCGGAUGAAAUGGGGCGGGGGAGAGAGAGAGAACCAUGGACACCACAGUUCAGACCCUCUGAGUGUCCCUGUUUCCAGGGACAGUCCCGGAUUUACAAAAGCCAUUCCAGUUUUCUGAUCUUACCCCGGAAUAUCCCGCUUUUCUUUAGGACAUUCCUAUUUUCAUUGGAGAAAUGUUGGAGGGUUUGGUAAAGGUAAAGGGACCCCUGACCAUUAGGUCCAUUCCUGGCCGACUCUGGGGUUGCGGCGCUCAUCUCGCUUUACUGGCCGAGGGAGCCGGCUUACAGCUUCCAGAUCAUGUGGCCAGCGUGACUAAGCUGCUUCUGGUGAACCAGAGCAGCGCAUGGAAACGCCAUUUACCUUCCCGCCGGAGCGGUACCUAUUUAUAAUAAUAAUAAUAAAUUUUAUUUAUAUCCCGCCCUCCCCAGCUGAAGCCGGGCUCAGGGCGGCUAACAACAAUAAAACAGUACAAAAGUACAACACAACACAACACAACACAACACUCUAAAAUCACUCAUUAUAAAAUUACCGUAUUUUUUGCACCAUAACACGCACUUUUUUCCUCCUAGAAAGUAAGGGGAAAUGUCUGUGCGUGUUAAGGAGGGAAUGCCUACGGGUGGCAUGCCUACGGAUUUUCCUCCUCUAAAAACUACAUGUGUGUUAUGGUCGGGUGCGUGUUAUAGAGCGAAAAAUACGGUAAUUCAAAUCAAGCCACUGGCAACCAUUGGGCCAGAGCUCCGCGAAGAUUGCCGAGGGAGGGAGUCAGGCUGUGCCCUGGCCAAAGGCCUGGUGGAACAGCUCUGUCUUGCAGGCCCUGCAGAAAGAUGUCAAGUCCCGCAGGGCCCUAGUCUCUUGUGACAGAGCGUUCCACCAGAUCGGAGCCACAGCCGAAAAAGCCCUGGCUCUAGUUGAGGCCAGCCUAACCUCUCUGUGGCCUGGGACCUUCAAGAUGUUUUUAUUUGAAGACCGUAAGUUUCUCUGUGGGACAUACCAGGAUGACACCAAACUGGGAGGGGUGGCUAACACCUCAGAGGACAGGAUCACACUUCAAAACGACCUUGACAGAUUAGAGAACUGGGCCAAAACAAACAAGAUGAACUUUAACAGGGAGAAAUGUAAAGUAUUGCACUUGGGCAAAAAAAUGAGAGGCACAAAUACAAGAUGGGUGACACCUGGCUUGAGAGCAGUACAUGUGAAAAGGAUCUAGGAGUCUUGGUUGACCACAAACUUGUCAUGAGCCAACAGUGUGACGUGGCAGCUAAAAAGCCAAUGCAAUUCUGGGCUGCAUCAAUAGGAGUAUAGCAUCUAGAUCAAGGGAAGUAAUAGUGCCACUGUAUUCUGCUCUGGUCAGACCUCACCUGGAGUACUGUGUCCAGUUCUGGGCACCACAGUUCAAGAAGAACACUGACAAACUGGAACGUAUCCAGAGGAGGGCAACCAAAAUGGUCAGUGGCCUGGAAACGAUGCCUUAUGAGGAACGGCUAAGGGAGCUGGGCAUGUUUAGCCUGGAGAAGAGGAGGUUAAGGGGUGAUAUGAUAGCCAUGUUCAAAUAUAUAAAAGGAUGUCAUAUAGAGGAGGGAGAAAGGUUGUUUUCUGCUGCUCCAGAGAAGCGGACACGGAGCAAUGGAUCCAAACUACAAGAAAGAAGAUUCCACCUAAACAUUAGGAAGAGCUUCCUGACAGUAAGAGCUGUUCGACAGUGGAAUUUGCUGCCAAGGAGUGUGGUGGAGUUUCCUUCUUUGGAGGUCUUUAAGCAGAGGCUUGACAACCAUAUGUCAGGAGUGCUCUGAUGGUGUUUCCUGCUUGGCAGGGGGUUGGACUCGAUGGCCCUUGUGGUCUAUUCCAACUCUAUGAUGCGAUGAGAGGCGGUCCCGUAGGUACGAGGGUCCUAGGCCGUAUAGGGCUUUAAAGGUUAGAACCAGCACCUUAAACCUGAUCCUGUACUCCACCGGGAGCCAGUGCAGCUGGUAUAGCACCGGGUGAAUGUGAUCUCGCAGCGAAGACCCCGUAAGGAGUCUCGCCGCGGCAUUCUGCACCCGCUGGAGUUUCUGGGUCAGUCUCAAGGGCAGCCCCAUGUAGAGCAAGUUACAAUAAUCCAGUCUGGAGGUGACCGUCACGUGGAUCACAGUUGCUAGGUCAGGGCGAGAGAGGUAAGGAGCCAACUGCUUAGCUUGGCGGAGAUGGAAAAAUGCCGCCUUUGUUAUAGCUGCAAUCUGCGCCUCCAUGGAAAGGGAGGUGUUGAAUAUUACACCCAAACUCUUAACGGACAGUGCUGGCACUAAAUGCGCCCACGCAAGAGAAGGGAGUUGCCCCCCCAAUCCCAUAUUUAUCUACUUGCACUUUGAUGUGCUUUCGAACUGCUAGGUGGGCAGGAGCAGGGACCGAGCAAUGGGAUCCCCAUCGCGGGGAUUCGAACUGCUGACCUUUUGAUCAGCAAGUCCUAGGCUCUGUAGUUUAACCCACAGCGCCACCCGCGUCCCUGGAGAGUUUGGUAGGACAUCCCUAUUUUCAUCAGAGAUAUGUUGGGGGGUAUGGAGUUAUGCAACCCCCGAACCAUCUGAAGGCAGCCCUGUACAGUGGUACCUCUGGUUGCGAACGGGAUCCAUUCCGGAGGACCAUUCGCAACAUGAAAAGAACGCAACCUGCAGCGGCGCAUCUGCGCACGCACGGGUUGCGAUUCACCACUUUUGCGCGUGAUGUCAUUUUGCGCUUCUCUGCAUGUGCGAGCAGCAAAACCCAGAAGUAACCCGGAAGCAUUACUGUAUUUUAAUAUUGUGUUGGAAGCCGCCCAGAGUGGCUGGGGAAACUCAGCCAGAUGGGCGGGGUAUAAAUAAUAAAUUAUUACUAUUAUUAUUAUUAUUAUUAUUAUUAUUAUUAUUAUUUGCGUUGGGAGCCGCUGUAGAAACUGUGAGAAUGAUCAGGAACAUACCAGAGAGUGAAUCCUAUUCAACUUAGUGGGACUUAGUUCUGAGUGUUUAAGACUGACCAUUUUUUACCCCAUUACAUAGGAGUAAACUCCAUUGAAUACAGUGGAACUUCCUUCUGAGUAAACAGUGUAAGGCUCCAUUUACAAUAAAGGAAUAAGCACUCCCUGUGUUUUCUAAGAAAUGGUUGGCUGCGGAAGCACGGCAGUGAAAGAAUUUAAAGUGGAUUGGUGACAUUGUCUUUCAAAAUGAUAGGAUGGGCUUUUUAUGCCAGCUUCACCAUCUCCUUCGUUUAGUGCAGGACUUUUAUUUCCAGGAUAAACAGGAGUCUGUUUUUCCACCUCCAAGACGUGGAGGGGAGGAAAAAGGAAACGCAGGACAUUUUGGGAUCAAAUCAGAAACGGCGACUGAAAUAUACUCGGAGUCGAGAGUGGAUUUCAUGCUCUUUAUUCAGCUCAUAGUGGUGAGGAGGAAUGGAUGUUCCCCCAGAAUGUCUGCUUUAUAUACCGUAGAUUAUUUACACAAUGGGCCCCACGUGAUUGGCUAAUUCUGGGAUUCACCUGUAGGCCAAUCAGGUUGCUGAUUCACUUCCACCUGGAGCUGGAUUGGGUGGCUUCUGUGGACUAAUCAGAUUGCUGCAUUCUGGACCCUAUUGUUCUAGGACCAAUCAGACUGCUGCAUUUUGGAUCCUAUUCAACUCAGUACAUAACAGGGACAGCUUCUGUAAUUCCUGGACUGUCCCUGGAAAAUCAGGGCGCUUGGAGGGUAUGAGAUCACCUUCAUUUUAGAGCUAAUCCCUGUCUGGAAUCUGAUAGAGAACUGGUCUCACCUCCUAAACCACUGAGCUCCAUGCAGAUUCCACCCGGGGUUUUUUCGUACGUGCUUCAAGCACCAAAUCAGCCAAAGCCACCCGAAUGAAAAUGCUUGUUCUGGCCAGCUUAGAAGGAGAUUUGAACCUACUCUGAUAAAGGCGAAGGGGCUUGGACAAGUUGUUCCGAAAGUGCUUUGCCCUGGAGGUCAGCCACCUAGCAAAUCCUCAGCCCGGGUGCAGGGACCGUCUCCUGUGGGUUUAAUGGGGAAUCUGAACCCAUCUCAGGUGGCCUCUUGUGAGAGAACUUUGCCACCUAGCAAAUCUCCAGCUCUGUUUGUGUCUUCACCUCCACUUUCCUUGGGAGCUGCCCAUCCAAGAGCUGAGUGUGCCAAGCCUCUUUUAACUUGCUGGUAUUUAUGGAUGUGACUAGGGGUUUCUGGCGAGCAACUGUUUCUCAGAGAACAUGGUGCUCUUUCAGGGUGUCCUCCUUGCCCUCUGCUCACCAGGCAAGGGCACUUCUCAUUUCAUCUGCUUUUGAUCUGCUGAGGUAUUUGUGGAAUUCCAAAAACAUCAUCAUCACCAUCACCACCACCACCAUCAUCAUCAUCAUCAUCAUCAUCAUCAUCUCUCUCUCUCUCUCUCUCUAAUUUUUAUUUAUUGUCCAUUUAAUAAUAUACAUUCACAUCAUCAUUAUCCACUUUACCUCCCUGGCUGUUUACACUCGUUACAAAAAUAGCUCAAAAUUUAAAUAAAUAUAGAAAGGGAGAAGACUUCUCAUUACAAGUCUUCAGAUAACCCUGAUAGUGAUGUUAAUUGCUUACAAUAAUCUUUCAGAUAUCGUAUAAAUUUACUCCAGUCCUUUUGGAAUACUGUACUUAAUCGUGCUGGUUUCGGAUUUUUCCUGUCUGCUUCACCAGUUCUGCAAAGUCCAUCAUCUUCAUCUUCCCCUCUUCUUUCGUUGGUACUUCUUGCUGUUUCCAUUUAGGGGCUAAAAAAAUUCUUUCCGCAGUUGUUGCAUACAUAAACAGUCUUUUAUCUUCCCUUGGUAUCUCUUCACCCACUACACCCAAUAAAAAAGGCUUCUGGUUUUUUAACAAAAGUAUUUUUUAAAUAAUUUCUUUAACUUGUUAUAUAUCAUUUCCCAGAAAGCCUUUCCCUCUUUACAAGUCCAUCACAUGUGGUAGAAAAUCCCUUCCCUUUCUUUACAUUUCCAGCACUCAUCGGUUCUUGUCCGGUACAUUUUAGCAAGUUUAAAAGGUAAAGGGACCCCUGACCAUUAGGUCCAGUCGUGACCGACUCUGGGGUUAUGGUUAUGAUUAUGAUUAUGAUUAUUUAUACCCCACCCAUCUGACUGGGUUUCUCCAGCCACUCUGGGCGGCUCCCAACAGAAUUAAAAGCACAAUAAAAUAUCAAACAUUAAAAACUUCCCUAAACAAGGCUGCCUGUUUAGGAAACGCCCUGGGAGCCAAUGAAGUCUUUCAGGACCGGUGUUUUAUGGUCUCAUCAGCCACUUCCAGUCCCCAGUCUAGCUGCCACAUUCUGGAUUAGUUUCAGUUUCCGGGUCACCUUCAAAAAAGACACAAGACUUACCCACACUGGAGGAAUGGCAGAUGAAAUUGAUGGACUACAUGGAGUUGGCGGAAAUGACUGGCAGAAUCCGAGACCAGGGAGAAGAGUCGGUGGAAGAAGAUUGGAAGAAAUUUAAAGACUAUUUACAGAAAUAUUGCAAAAUUAAUGAAUGUUAGAAUGAUGUUGGAUUGAAGUUAAGUGGUUUCUAGCUGUACUGGUAUAAAAGAAUAUGGAAAAAUUGGUUUUUAAUAUGUAAAAAUUUAAUGUUAUAAUAUAUCAAGAUUAAAGAUUAGGAUUAAAAAGGAGGGAAAGGAAUUGCUGGAUUAACAAAUUGAAUUGGAAUACAAAAGAGGGAGGUAUGAGGAGGUCCGGGAAACAAGUAAAUGUAAAAGAAGCGAUGAAAAGAUGGAAUUGUUUUUAACUGUUUUUUUCUUCUUUGUAUUUUGUAUUUUUCCUUUUUAUUGUUAAUUUUCUCAUUAAUGUGAUUUUUCUUUUUUUGAAAUUUUAAUAAAUAUUAUUUUUUUAAAAAAAAAAUCUAUCCCCAGCCCUGCACACAAGGAACUGCAGUCCUGGAGCCCCAGCCUCUGCCUUCCUGCUCUCUGCUGCAACUUGUAGGGGAUUUUGUUCUUUCUCAUCAUGAGGUCUUCUGUUCCACAGGCUUUUCUUGAGAGGCUACAAAGGCAGCGCUGGGCAGCAGAGUGGCUUGCCUCUCCAAGGCACGGGCUUCAGCACGCGAGACGCUGACAAUGACAACUGCCGGAACUGCAAGUGUGCCCAGAUGCUUUCUGGUGGUGAGUUGGCCUUUGUGCUCCCUGACUGGGAAGCAAGGGAAGAGAGAGCAAGGGGUCAAGUGAGAAUCCAAGAGCUUUGAAUCUUGAGUUUCUCUUUUUCCAGGCUAAAGCUCUUCACAUUUCCAAAUCAGUUUGCAUACACACAUAUAUAAGGCAUCAGCAUUUCAGUGCAAAAUUCUCAUCCUAUAAACAUUUGCAUGUAAUUCCCCCUGCUAUACACAUUUUUGCAGAGCUGCUUCAUGUUUUUUUCACUAAUGUAUACAAUUUUACACACACUUUCCUCCAUUGCUUGGCCAGACAGCUAUAUUGUAAAAUUGGGGAAAGAGCACAUUUUUUUAAGGAUGGCUGCGUUUCCGUUCUCAUAUUGCUUCAAAAAGUGUAAAUUUCUCUUCAAACCAAGACUCCACUAAAAGCCUACGAGCUUUGGCAUUUUAAAGCAGUUUGCGUUUUCAAGCACUCUGUACAUGUUUGUCUUCUGCUUAAGCAUUUGGACAGCAGUGGCUCACAAACGUUUUGGAGGCCACUGCUCCCUUGGUUCUAUAAACUCAUCCCCAGUGCCCCCCACCCUAUAAAACGUGGUUUGCAUGAAUAGUGAUUUGCAAGAGCCACUGAGGAAGGCAAUAACACAAUAAAAUUCAAAACAGUAGCCUACAGGGCCGCCUCUCCUGGUAUGUCCCACAGAGGACUUUAUGGUCUUCAAACAAAAACAUAUUGGAGAUCCUGGGCCACAGGGAGGUUAGAUUUGUUUCAACUAGGGCCAGGGCUUUUUUGGCCGUGGCUCCGAUCUGGUGGAACGCUCUGUCACAAGAGACUAGGGCCCUGCGGGACUUGACAUCUUUCCACAGGGUCUGCAAGAUGGAGCUGUUCCACCAGGCCUUUGGCCAAGGCACAGUCUGACCCCCUCCUUUGGUAAUCCUCACAAAACUCUAGCCCAAUGGUUGCCAUUAAUUUGAUUCUGAAUUGAUUUUAGAAUGCUGUGUUUACUUUUACUGCUGUUAGCCGCUCUGAGCCCAGCUUCGGCUAGGGAGGGGGGGAUAUAAAUAAAAUCUUAUUAUUAUUUACUUAAUUAAUUAAUUAAUUGCACAUUUAUUCAGAAUCCAAUUAAAACCAUUCAGUUCACUUAUUCCAACAAAACUAAUGAGCUUGAUCCAGCGAUACCAGCUUUUCGAAGCUGGAUAGUCAUCUCCACUUCCAGCGACACCCCACUUGCCUCUUAGUGCCCCCCUAGCUGGGGUGCCAACUUGAAUAAAAAUAUUGGGGGUCCCAGGUAAGCCCUGCCCUGCAUAAAUAAUCACAAGAUGUGGCAGCACACACAUGGCAAUGCCCAUCAACUUUUGGGGGGUGUCCCACUCAAAUAUUUUAUGGAGGGGCAAAGGGACCUCAGCCCCGAGGAAUUGAAUCCCACCACAGCCAGGGGGUGGUAGCACCUACUUUGGGACCCACUAAUCUAUGGUUUGCUUCUCCUGAUUAACGUUCAGGUUGGUGGUUUGAUGCCUGCGGACUCUCGAAUCUGAACGGCAUUUAUUACCCGGCGAAGCACAAUAUCCGGAAACUGAAUGGGAUCCGAUGGCACUACUUCCAGGGACCGGGCUACUCGCUAAAGGGCACGAGGAUGAUGAUCCGGCCUUUGGGCAGCCCUGAAGGAGCAUAGCGGAGAGACACCAACAGUGGCGUAGCAUGGGGGGUGCAGGGGGGGCUGGCCGCACCGGGCGCAACAUCUGGGGGGGCGCACUCGCACUCGAGUGCUAAAAUCCAACGGGUUAGGGGGUGCAAAUUACUUGCUUUGCCCCGGGUGCUGACAACCCACGCUACGCCACUGGACGCCAAGCAGGGCUGCAGUUUCUGUGAGCCAGGGAGAGCAAACCUUGGCACAGGUAACAGGAACUGCCUUCCGGUUUGGAGAGGUGGCAGGUGCAGAGAGACUCCCUGAGAAAGAGGCCCUCACGGCUAGGAAUUCAUGGCUGCAGUCGGACGCAAACAGCACCAGCUUUCUCUUUCUCCUCCCAGAUGGCGCAGGAAGCUGUCUUUUGUGGGCUUUUGGACUUCCGAGAAAAUGUACGGCGAACUAUUCUGUAUGUUAAAGGCUGAAUCUGCCCGUGAAAAGUGCGUCCUGCUCUCCGGCUUGUUUGGGGGCAAGGGGUGAGCUUGUUGGGUAAAUGCAGAAAAAUCUGGUCAGAUUUAUAUUAUGUUGUUGUUGUUGUUUAGUCGUUUAGUCGUGUCCGACUCUUCAUGACCCUAUGGACCAGAGCACGCCAGGCACUCCUGCCUUCCACUGCCUCCCGCAGUUUGGUCAAACGCAUGCUGGUAGCUUCAAGAACACUGUCCCACCAUCUCGUCCUCUGUCGCCCCCUUCUCCUUCUGCCCUCCAUCUUUCCCAACAUCAGGGUCUUUUCCAGGGAGUCUUCUCUUCUCAUGAGGUGGCCAAAAUCUUGGAGCCUCAGCUUCAGGAUCUGUCCUUCCAGUGAGCACUCAGGGCUGAUUUCCUUCAGAAUGGAUAGGUCUGAUCUUCUUGCAGUCCAUGGGACUCUCCAGAGUCUCCUCCAGCAC